CACAGUAAAACAGGUAGGAAUGAAGAGCAAAGUGCAAUGAAGGUAAGAGAGAAUACACAGUGUGUUUCACAGAAUGUGUGUCAGUAUGUUUCAGUUAGUAUGUUUGUGUGUGUCAGUCUGCUUGGGUCUGUGUUUGUAUGUAUGAGACUGUGUGUGUGUGUGUGUGUGUGUGUGUAUGUGUGUAUGUAUGUGUGUAUGUGUGGGUCUGUGUGUGUGUGUGUGUGUGUGUGUAUUUAUGGGUGUGUGUGUGUGUGUGUAUGGGUUUCUGUGUGUCUGCAUGGGUCAGUGUGUGUCUUCAUUGGUCAUUGUCUGUGUAUGGGUUAGUGUGUGUGUAUCGGUCUGUGUAUGGGUCAACAUGUGUCUGCAUGGGUCAGUGUGUGUGCGUGUAUGGGUCUCUGUGAGUAUAGGUCAGCGUGUGUCUGCAUGGGUCAGUGUUUGUGUCUUUAUGAGUGUGUGUCUGCAUGGGUCAGUGUGUGAGUGAAGGGGGGGUCAGUGUGAGCGUAUGUGUGUGGGUCAGUGUGUGUCUGUAUGGGUCAGUGUAUGUAAGGCUGCAUGGGUGGGUGGAAGGAAUGGGGCAGCAAGCAUUUUUUCGCCUAUGGUGUCAAAAAUCCUUGCACUGGUCCUGAUCAGAGUCAAAUGACCCUGUCUGGUCCUGAAGCUCUGGCUCUGAGUGGACCCGCCUUGAGACAACAGGGAGUUCAAAAGAUCUCCCUAUAGCCAUGCACUCCCUUAGUUCACUGAGGGAGCAUUGUGGUCUGUAUCAAUAUCAAGUACUGACCACUUUAAGAGAGCCCAGGGGUCCCCCUUGUGCUUCUCAAUUACUCAGAGCAUCACAGCCAGCCAGAACCGCAAGGGUGCUCUUAAAGUGGUCUGUACCUGAUAUUGUAAAAAAUAAAAUAAAAAUAAAUAUACAGGUGUGCUGUGUCUUUAAAACCAAUAUAUUUAUUAAGUGCAAACAAGUGUUAUAAAAAGAGCAAUUUGCAAAAAGUGCAUAAAACUUAAUCACAUUGUAACAAGGGCACUAAAUCACACUUAUGUUGUUAGGGGACACUGUGUCAUCCACAGAAAGAGCUUAAAACACAUGGUCAACAGCAUUUGGAGAAGUAAUAUUGUUAGGAGUGUAGUCUUCUCCAGAGGAAACACUCAAUAUUCUGUUUUUUGGAACUUUGCCUAAUGUGGUAUAUUUAGGCCUAUGGCAAAGUCAGCAAGCAGCGUAAGUUUGAGAAGUAUUUAGUGUCAAUUAAAAUCUGGAACAGUAUAUUAAAACACAUCAACCUAAUUGUACUUCUACAAUUCAACUGGAACUUUCUCAAGUUACUCCAUCAAAAUAUUAUCAGUGAUCUUUAAGGAGGUUCCUAGGAAGACUUGUAAACCUAUCCUACUCAAUUUUUGCUUAACUGUGACUCAGGAUAUCUGGAGUAACCUGGAGGCCAACCUCCUUCAUAGGGACCCUAUAUUUUCACUGAAACUGAACUCUGUGACCACUAGUAUUAUGGAUAACCAUCAGGAUUAAAAUAAUUUAUGUAGCUGGACUUUAGUUAAAAUGCAUCGAGUGUCUAUUUGGUGUGUCCCUUUACCAUUAUUUUACCUGUAUGAUGUUGCUAUAUUACUCCAGAAAGGACUUCCAGGUGGUUUACACUGGUUACCCUGUCCUCCCCUUAAGUCUUUAAUAUGGUCCAUAAUUCUUGUCAUUGUCUCUUCAAAUCCCUCCAUGUUAUGUAAACAUUGUGCUCUAUUCAUACCCUGUGUUUUCCUCAAUAAACCAAUUGCUGUCUUUUCCCUUCACUUAGACAUGUGUAGUGCUUGGGUAUGCGGAUGGGAGAACUAUUUGCCACUCCAUCCAGUGCAUGGCUGAUGGUGAUAAGAUAUGAUUGAAGAAAUCCCGGCUGCAUUGCAAGAUGAGCAAUGUUGAAGUUGCAACAACUCCAAGGGACAAAUAAUGUAAUGGGUUGGGUCUGAAUUUAUUUUUAAUAUUCUUGUAACAUAACUUAGUUAAUAAAUUUAUGUAGCCUAUUGCUAAUAAUGGCUGCUGCCACAGACACAAACACCUGAGCAUGUGCACUUAAUCCCCUGUGGCAAGGGGCAACAAGUAAGUAGCAGUUGGCCUGCAACAUUUAGCAACAGGAUUAGAAAAAUGCUUUUUUGUCAAUCAAUGUUUUUAUUGAGAAACAAAUCUGAAAACAUUAUGGCACAAUGGCGACAAUACCAGACAUAAACAUGCAAAGUUAGAUAAUACUAUCAGUACAAAUCCAAAGCUUUAAUGUGUUUACACCAAUAUACUAUUGUACAUGAGUUAUCGAUGAUACAUAAUAUAUCACACAGGAAUCUAGAAGGUCUCAUUUUAAAAUUAAAAAUUAUGAACAUUUAAUAAAACAUAUAGCUAUAGGUAAUAAGGCUUACAUGCAAAAAAUAAAAGAUGUAUAGCUAUAUUUCGAACAGUUCAGGUGAGCAGGAGGACCACUACCCCAGCAUGAACUCCAUAGACAGAGUCAAUACCCAUAAUAAGCUCUUGGCAUAUCUAUAUCAAAAUAAGGCUUUGUAAAACAAUAGGAGAGAAACUGUAGCCGUGGAAGCAAAAGUAAACACAAAAUGCCUAUGUAGCAGAGCCCUAGUCCUGGCAAGGACUUUCUUCCACUGGAUCACCAAGAGUAGUAUCAGGAACAAGAUAUUACCAAGUAAAUAGCCCACCUCCUCCUACCCAGUAACUGGACGAAACACAGUUCUGGGAGUACAACUGACUUUAUUUUUGCCCCACACGGCUUUUAUGCAUUGCCCCUAGCAUGGGGUUUCCACAUCAAGAAUCCAAGAGUUUCUUUCUCAAGAGCCUUUGUGUUUGAAAGAUAAUUAAGCUCAAAUUAAGAUAACUCAAUUAUCUCUCAAAUACAGAAACUUACAUAAAUUUUUAACAUACCCCAAAAAUACAUGAAAAGAAUACAGGAACCCCACAUAUUUCUGAAGAGCCCUGAUCUGAGAGCAGAACAUCUCCAAAAAGCACUUAGAUCGGUUUGGUAGAACGAAAGUUCUGCUCGACUAAAGUUUUGACCAACCGGCAAUGAGGGGAUAGCCCAAAACAGUUCCAGGGGAUUGGGCAGGAUGACAGGUUGGCUUUAGGGGGUUCCUGUGAGAACACUGACAAAUGCUCUCACUGGCUGCUGUGGAGCUAAUGCUCCUUCUGUUCGGUAGAUCAUAUUUCCCGAACACCAUUAGUCUAGUUGGUCGGGAAGUAGGACAGUCAGCGGUACCAUCUUUGCUCGGGUUCGUGGAGAUGCGAGGCCGAAAAUAGUUCCAGGCGUUCGACGACCAGGUACCGCUGCCUGUGUUUGGGAGGCAAAAUGGCCACCAUGCACUGGACCAUGUGCGUUCGGUUAUACCAAUCGGGGCCACCCAGGGAAAGCACUCGACUUAAUGUGUGACGUUGUUAAUUUGUGGUUAACAUUCAGGGGAGGUCGGUGUUCACUGGGGCAUAACAAGGCAGAACACACACCAGUCAUUUGGGAGACGGACAACCGAACACAAGGGAAUAGAGUCUGCUACAGCCUCAAAUUAAAUAUGUAGUCAAUGUCAUUUGUUAGACAGAGUUAGCCAAUGUCUUUGGUGGGAAAUACCUCUGUGCAAGACUAUAAAUGCAGUCCGGCAAAGCGUGUUCUAUAUCCAUCUCCAGGCCUCGGAGAGAAUCUUGACACUGUGUCCACUGACCCUUGUACUCAUGGUGGCCAGUUCAGAACCCAGAUUGAUUCCCUGUUAUUGGGAAUUCUCCCAAGUGUGUGGAUGAAGUACGAAGUGAGGAUGCUUCUGGAUUCCAGGCCCAGAAUGCUAGAAACAGACCGUGGUGCCAUUAGGGUCUAAUUUCUCAGAAGGUGAAGCAGCUUGCAGGGUCCAUGUGUGAAUACAAUGACAGAUAUUGCUGAUUGCUCUAACAUUUGAUUGGCCUCCCUCCAGCUCCGCAGAGAAUUCAUCACCAAUAUCUGUGGUGUUGCGCAAUCCUCCCCCAUCAUAAGGCUAGAAUGAUGAUGUACCAGUACAAGAUGUGGAUAUGCCUAGGAUAUAGAUAAGUAUUAGGUCCUGUUGUGGUAGGGACCAGGAUAAAGGUGGGUACGGGACCCGCUCACAGUCCAGCUAGUGAAAUCCAAACAAGAAGAUCGGCUGGCAUUGCAGUCUUGUCCACUCUAGGCCACAAUUCAGGAAGAUCGGAUCUCCACAGUUGUGAACAAAAGAAUUGCACUGACAAAGUGCCCAGUGACUCCUGGACACUACUAGGUAUACGCAGGAGGCGAUAAAUCAGCCGUAAUGUUAUGGUUUUAAAAGUUAGGACAAUUUAAGUGAGGAACUUACACUGCUUGCAUGUUUUUGACAUCGCAGCCAAGCACCGCCCCCAGAAAACAUGCACCUACCCCAGGUUGAAUAGGGAUUUUGCUGCAUAGAGAUAAAACUCUUUACACCAGACCAAUGGCUGAUGUUAGGUUUGAUGGCGUAGCAGCAGGUGGUAAUGCUCUGUAGCUACUUGUUACAUUUUGCAGUUGGGAAACAGCUGCUACUGACUAACAAUAGCAAUAGGUACGGUGACAAGAAGCAGUUGGCCAUUUAUCAAUGGCAAUACGGUUGUAAACAGGGUAAAUGUUCUCCUUGGUCAAAUACAAGUUAGGACAUUUCACUGCUUUGAAGUCAAUAGUAUGUAACAUAAAGGAUGACUGUUAGGUAUGUUAGUUGAAUCUUUUGAUUGAAGUGUUGUAUAUGUAUAUGGUCUAGAAGUAUCUAAGUCUAUAAAAUCUUGGAUUUGAGCAAAACAUUUAUUUGAGAAUAUCAAAUAUUUAAAAGGAUAGGGUCCCUCUGUGAUGGAAGUUGUUGUGCCACAAAUGUUUGGAGAGGCUUUAAGGCCAGCAUUCUGCCCAAAUCCCUAAAAGGGACAAUUGUCACUGGGUUGUUGGGGCCUGAGACGCUUACUGUCCCACUGGAGGACCUCUGGGGAUCACCUGGACUUGUUUUACACAUUAGGAACUUGACUGAGAGACACCCUGAAACACUCUGGAAGAAUUCUUCAGAUGGAAAGUGCUGAAUUUCAGUCAAUGUUUAAGUAGAUAUCACUGGAUUCGCGAGGGCGGUUGGGGCAAAAGACAUUGGAGACCUCCCCUCCCUAGAGGUCCAGGAAUGCCUUUUUGUAGACCAGGACUAAACUGAUACACAUCCAUGAUGGAUUAAAGAAUAGUCGUGACCCGGAAGAAAUUUAACAUGCUGUAAUUCAGGCACGGAUUCGCUUAUCAGGGCAUUAUUUGGACAGCGAGGGCACUUGGUGACAUGCUCUCCAUGGAUAUAUAUUAUGUGGGGGGAGUUUUGGGGACAUUUAUUGGGCCUCUAUAACUAAGAGAGCACCACAUGGAGCCAUUUGUGGAAGCUUGGGUUAAUGCAAUUAAGUCCCCAGACAGAGUUGCACCAGGGCAGGGGGACAAUUUUACAACAUGACAGGAGGCUUCCUAUUUUGCAUAAACUCUCGUUACUAGCUCCACAGUGGCAAAGAAAACAUAUAGACAGGUCUCCAUCAGCAGACAGGUUAGAGUUUUUGGCUCUUCACUAUUAUUGUAUAAUGCUCAUUAUUAUGGUUCGUUAGCUAUCUGGUUUUAUGGUUUAUCAACAUUUACUGUCUAUUCUGUCCUUUCUUGUUUACUUUUUACCUUUUCUGUUUAUUGUGUCAACCAUCUUUUACUGCAUCUUACUGCACUUUCCCUUCUUACCGUUUGCUUGUUGCUCUGGGUCUCCCUGUUCCCCCCUGGCCUGCUCUGUGUGUUGAGGCGGUUGGUGUUUCUUUUGGGCCUAUUUUCUGGUAUUUUUCAGCAUUUUUUCCCUUUCCCACUGGGUUUACCCUUGACCUCAUCCGUCUGUGGCCUCCCUCACUGCCGCGCCCGCUUAUGGUGCUCGGCACCAGCCAGCCCAUGGCUCCUUGCAGCCUUCUCAGGUGGCGACCAUCUUGGAUCUCCCGUCUUGGAUCUUCAGUUGGCUGCCAGACCCGGAGUGCAAGGCAGCGGACGCUUCCUACAGAGUUGGCCAGCAUAGGGCGCCUACCCCUUUCUACCGUUCACAAUGAUCACGAGGAGACCCCAUCGUAUCCGGAGUCAACGGGUGUCCUUGAAGCUGAUCACUCCAUUAUGGAGGAGCCAUCCAUGGAACGGAACCACAAUCUAUUUACUGCACCUAUACAUAUUUUAAAUUUUGUUUCUUUUUUCUUUUGGCCGGUCCUAUCGGUCUAUUUACAUUAUUCGUUCAGCUAUUUUGGGGGCUCACAUUCCAUUUCGGGAAGUUUUGGUUAACAAGGACUCCUUUGUUUGUUUUUUGCUGCUGGGGAUGCAUCUCAGACAUCCACCGGACCCUAAAUACUAUAGGCUUUGGGACUUUAGUAAUGUUCUCAAUUUUUUGCGGUAUUGGCCCCCUAAUAACAGGCUUUACAUUCGUCAGCUUUUCUUGUUUUCACUGUCUCUCCAUUACCCUAACCUUGGCUCGUGUCUGACUUCACUUUAUCUCUGUCUAACGUUUAGUCCGGCUAUUCUAAGGUCUAGUAAUACGUUAUAUCCUUGUCUUGUCACUUACUAUCCCUUGCUGCGUGUUGGGGUAUUACACCGUAAAAUAUGCUAGCUUUAGUGUACUAAUAAUCUUAAUUUUAAUAAUGACAGGAGCCAGAAUUUUUCCAACGAGUUUUCCCUCCCUUGUUUUCUUGGGGGGAUUUUAUUAGCUUCUUCUUUUCACCUAUACUCACUUUGACUCCUUUCUGUGCUAUUUGUUUUGCCUGUCUCGUUGUAGGCUGGAAUUUAUUGUUCAUGUACAUUUAAUUUUUUAUGUUAUCCAGAUCUUCUGUUUUGUUAAUAUGAUUGAUUUGUUUAAAAUUUAUUACAAAUCCGAUCAAAUGCGGCUCAAAACAUACGUGAGUGAGUAAUCUCCUUUCUUUACCAAAUAUGAUAAAAACAAAUAAAAGUGUAUACAAGUGAAAACAAUCUGAUAUGGCAAAAAAGUUGAGUGCUUACAAUAGUGUAAACAGGGGAGUAAGCCUACUACCCCUUCUUAAUUUUACACAAAACUCAAGCAUAGAUUAAACAAAAAAAGAGAACAAAAAUACAAAUGUAGUGUAUAUUAUUAUUGUUCUUUGGUACCAUUUACACUAUAUUUGUAUUUUUGUUCUCUUUUAUGUUUCAUCUACGCUUGAGUUUUCUGUAAAUCAAGAAGGUUUACGCUUGCCUCACUCUUUACACUAUUGUAAGCACUCUGUUUGCUAUAUCAGAUUGUUUUCCCAUAUAUGCACUUUUGUUCAUUUGUAUCUAAAGCCUGCAUGUUACUAUCCCACAUUUUGCACAAAUCUGAGAAAUGGCAUUUCGGAACUAUGGCCUGCUAUAUUAUUUAUUUAUGCUUAUUUUUAGUAUAUAUAUUACAUGUAUAUUGUAUUAAUAAAUGCAGAAACAAAUCACAUUUAAAUUUUUUGGGGUUUUAUGGAGCUCAUAAAUAAAAUCAUUAGGAGGAAUGCUAGUGAGAUUGUUGUUGUUUUUUUAUUUAUUUCCUCAAGUCUGUUAAUCAUAUAAUGCAAUUACAAAUAUUUAUGAAACUUUUGAUGUUUCUCUGGCAACCAGGUUGCUAAGGACCAAUCCCUUGUCAGUUCAUGCACAAUUUGACACAAUAUAAGGGAACGAUAUAAUUAGCAGGCCUGAGGCAGUGUGCAUCAGAAGGAACGUUCAGUUUGUAAAUAAUUAAUUGUAGGCUGUAAAAAAGGGACAUGCAGAAAUUAAAAGAUUAUGCAAAUGUUUUUUUUUCAUCAUGUUCCUCUAUAGGUCAUAUAUGUUGGGGCUAUAUUCAACAGUAACAGAGUUCUAGCACUUCAAUGACUGUAAGACCCUUCAUGCUAUAUUUAGCUUUUAGUCUAGUUUAGUUUAAGAGUUGAAUAUUUAUCAAACUCUCAGGUUGGCUGUUAAAUCAUAUGACAUCAUAACAUAUAACAUCUGAAUGAACCUAUAUGUAUCUGUUUAUCAAACUAGCUCUAUAUGUACCGGUCUGUCAAUAUAGCUUUAGAUGCACUUUUCACUUAGUGUAUGUAUCACUGCAACAUGUGGCACAAUAUAAAUAACAAUAAUUAUGUAAUUUAACUGUAGCCACUGGUAUCAGGUGUGCUGACAAUGAUCAGAAAUGCAUGUUUCCUAUCCACAUGGAUGAGUUAAUACCACUGACACCUGAAUUCAGGAAUCAUUUGCAGCCAUUUGGGAGCGUUCAUACAUUUCUCACAACCCUUCCAUGUUUUUAUCUCCAUCCUCUAUUAUACGGACUACCAGCUGUUGCAGAACGACAGUUCUCAUGUUGCUUUAACAGCCAUGAUGCUAGGUAACGCAUAGUGGGAUUUGUAGUUCUGUAGCAGCUACUUCCUGUCCACACCUGAUCAAGGCUGAUUAAGGCAUGCGAUUCUCACCGAUCUCAGGUAGAACACACAGAAGCAAUUAGAUAUGAGUACUGUAGGAUUAGAGUGUUGUGGUCUGAAAAGUUCCAAAAGUGAGGCAGGCACCAUGGAAACUCCUGGAUUUAGCAGGAACAUUCAAUUUGUGAAUGCUCCACUUUUACAACUUUGCACUACUUUUCAUAUCCCAACCCUUUGAUAAAACCCUCUUUAAGGUAAAAAUUUAAAGGAACACUAUAGUCACCAGAACAACUACUGCUGAAUGUAGUUGUUGUGGUGUCUACAGCCUGUCCCUGCAGGUAUUUUAAUGUAAACACUGUCUUUCAGAGAAAAUGCAGUGUUUACCUUGCUGCCUAGGGACACCUCCAAUGGAAGUCACUGAGACGGCUACUAGAGGUGCCCCUUGGGUCAGUGCUGCACAAUUUGCAGCACUGACCUUCAGCAUCUCCACGCUCUGCAUAGAGGCCCUGAACUUUCCCCAUAGAGACGCAUUGAGUCAAUGCAAUUCUAUGAAUAGAUGCUGAUUGGCGCAUGCGCAAUAUCCUCCCAAUGCUUUUGAGAAACCAUUGGAUUGCCUGAGAUUGUUAAAAUUGAUGAUUUUAGCCAAGGGGCAGAGAGUGGAUGGGCCAGCCAUGACCAGACCAGCGUGGCGAUGGAAAACGCUGAGUAAAUUACCUUUUUAACUGAAGUUAAGGGGGGCCAGGGACCUAAACAGCUAUUUAGACCUAUAGUGUCAGGAAUACACGUUUAUAUUCCUGACACUAUAGUGUUCCUUCAACUAAGCAUAAUCCUACAGUUAACAUUCCAGGUCAUUAGUCUUCAACCUACUUUGAAAAGAACAUUCACAAUUUCAAGUUUUGUUUCUGCUUCAAUGAAAGCAAAUAGUUAUAUGUUUGCAAGCGAAUAAUUCUUACUUUGGCUACAGCCUUCUUACAGACUCUGAACACUCUAGCUAAAGUGAUGAUGUCUAUACUGAUAUGUUUAGUUUUACCAGUGUCACAGUAAUCAAUACAGGUGUUGACCACUUUGAUCAAUGCUAUAUAUUUACCAAUGAGUGGAAUAGUGGUGGCAUAAUCCAGUGUUAUAUCUUGAUGUGCCCCAGAUUACUAACUAAAAUAAGGCAGACCUGUUUGAGACAAUAUUUAAAUAUAUGCUCUAAGAACUCUAGAAGAAUACAUUUUCUUUCAAAUGAGAAAAAAAGCAAAGAAAUACCACGUCAUACAAAAACUCUUGUGUCGCUGACAUUCAGAUCUUCUGUAGCCACCUCCUCUCCCCACAAUUUCCUGUUCAACUUUAAACAUUUAUAGAUGUAGUCCUCAUGUGUGAGGACAUGACUCCCGGACAAUAGUGAGCAGAACAUAUCAGAGAAUGAACAAACAGUGAGAGAGAGGACAGGUGAGAGAGAAUUAGAGGGACGCAAGCAUUGAGAUAGCAUUGACUUAAAAUCAGAUUGUGAUGUGUCAUGAUUGAGGUAUGGAAUUAAAUAAAUCAGUAUUAUAUUAAUACCUGUGAGUAAACUAGGACAUUCUAAGAGAUGCUUUGAGUAUAUUCCAUUAAUUACACAGUUUGUAAUAAAUGGAACAUACUCAAAACUUUAGGGGAAUAAAAUACGCAAAGAAAUAUCAAUAGGGAAAGUGUGAUCUAAGAUUUUAGCGUAGGGCAGAUGGCGGGAGGGCAGAAGAUAUUUAUGUUCCUUAGUUUAAAAAGAAAAAAUAUGCAAGAAUUACAGCUCCAAGGAUGUGGAAAAGGUAAGUAUUUUAGAAAGAACAAUGGUUAGGUAGACAUGUAUGCGAAGUGCAGCGUAUCAGGAGACAAUGUAAGUGUGCUUAGAGGGGGGAUAUGUGAAUGGUAAUAUAUUAUGAGACAAGGUUUACAAGAAACAGGUGGGUGUAUGUAGAGUAAUGAAAUAUGUUUUUGUAAUCUGUGUGGUUAGCUAUGUGAGAGCAGAAGGUUAUAUUUAAAAGGACAGCUAAGCAGAGAAGUGUAUGAGUAGUAGGAAACAUAUAUAGGGUUAUUCCCUGAAUAAGGUAUUCCAAAUUUUAGACCAAAAGUUGAAAUUGAUUCUCAAACUUAGCUGUGUAUCUCAAGAACUGCCAUUUUAGCCUGAUGUGUGUGUUGGUGUUCUGCAAUAUUUUGUAUCAUAACUAAUGUUACUGUAGGGACUAAAUAGUACAAAUUCACUGAAAAUGAAUCUUACUAAGCAUAUGGUUGCAUUAUAUUGGCUCAAGCAGGGUAAUGGACCCAGACUAUAUGUUUCCAUGCUCAGCCAUGUUAACAGAUCCAAGGAUAAAUGGUUCAGUGGAUCCUAUUUAAAUUUAUUUUAAAGCUGACAACCAUGUAUCGAGGUGUUCACAGUAUUUAUUAUAUACUCAUAAUUGGUCAAUGACAUAUCGGUGUAAAUGCUGGUUUAAUAUCAAUGCAAUUAUUUAGCGUUAUAAAGCAUUCAAUAUUUUAGCCAUGACAACUUUUUUCAAAGUCUAACGCAGUAACUAUUGUUAACACAAUCCAGAGUUUGCUGUAAAAACAAUCAACAUAACAGAGCUACUGUAGAAAGAGUUACGAAUAUUGAUUAUUAAAAUGUGCUUUAAGGAAAAUCCUUUAAUAAAUGACAUUUUAUUACAACUUGCAAUUGUUUUCCAUUAUAUCUUACUUUUGUUCUAUAUUAUUUGUCAUAAUUUUUUCCAAUUAACAUUUUGCUAUUAGUGGAAAAGGUCAUAUAAAUGCAAUAUAUAUAACACAACAAUCACUUACAUAUUAAGUGUGUUUUAUUUAAACUGCCAUAGCAUUAAUUUAAUGUUAUUAAGCAUUACAUGUUUGGCUUGAAUGCUUGGAAGAUACUUGCAAAGUCUCUCAGAUAAAAGAAGAAAAAAAAAAAAAGAAUACAUUAGAUUAUUUCUAAGAAGCAAAUUGCCAGGUACUUUUAGGACACCCCAAAGCCAGUAAAAAAAAUCCAAGGCUGCCAACUGGAUAAGCGUUUCGGCAUCUAGUCUUCCUCAAGGGGGAUCUUAAUGAUCUUAAAGAUCCACCUAGAGGAAGGUUAGACGCCAGAAUGUUGGAGUUGCUGUAUCUCCUGCUCUGGGUUAGUAUGCCUAUAUUGUUAUGGGUUUGUGGGUUUAUUAACUGAGCACUUAUUUUGUAUUUGUUAUGUAUGUAGGUAUGUAAUUUUCUGUUUACAUGCCUAUAUUGCUGUUUGCACUUUAUUUGUACAAUUUUUAUCAAAUCAUUAAUUAACUAAAAUCUAAAACUGCAAGUUUAAUCGGGUGUGCUUUGGGUUAUUCUCUAAAAUGUGAAUGGAUCUGGUGGGGGAACAGAUUUUCCCAUAAAGCACCCAGCACUCACUAUAUAAUUGCGCUCUCAACUUCUUCAACCUUUUUUUCCCCCCUCUAGCACUCCAAUAACUUAACCCAGGGUAGGAAACCUUCAUUACUCCAGAUGUUGUGAACUACAUCACCCAUGAUGCUUUGCCAGCAUUAUGUCUGUAAGAGCAUUAUGAAAGAUGUAGUCCACAACAUCUGGAGUGUCAAAACUGCCUAACUCUGGUCUAAAAUCUGGUUUCUUCUCAUCUUCAAUUCUCCUUUAGCUCUACUUGGUAACUAACUUAAAUUGUAUUUUUCCCCAGAAUUAAAGUGACGGAGCAGUAUGUCAGGCAACAGAUACUUCCCGAAAAACUAUGUGCUGAUAUUUGUGUUUUUGCAGACAGCAGUUCUUGGUAAUUAUCCACAACAUUAACUUUUUCAUUUACUGCAAAGGACGAUCACAAAUAAAGUAGAAUGUUCUACAGGUUUUAAUGUAAUUUAUACUAACUGCAAAGUUGCUUUAAGAUCGAUAGCGAUGUUUUAGAUGCCAUUCUGGCUAUUUGCAGAGCAGUGUCUAUUUCAUUUUCCCCAAUCGCUAUAUUAUUGCAAUUUUGAAGUUGCUGAAAUAUAUAUUAACCUCACAAUAUUUUGUAUUGAUCUUUUUCUUUUUUUUUUUUUACAAAAUAACAAACCUGGUUGUAAUUGUGAAUUUUUUUUUUUAUACCUGUAUUUCAUGUAUAAUAGUAAUGACAUAUCUUUAACAAGCGAGGAGAGAAAUCUAUACUGCCCAACAAAGGGCCUUUUCCAUGAUCAUCAAUAAAAGACAGAUAUUGAUCUAUGUAAGCAUCUUUAACAUUGAGAUCAACACAUAUAUGUAAAUAAAAAAUACAGAAGGGUUUUUGUGUUUUGUAAUCUGCACAUUGCUUAGUUCUCUGUCCAUUAACACCACCAGUUAGUGCUUAUUAUUUUGCAGGGUGCUCAAAGAAGGAACAUCUUCUAAUUACUUGUCACAACAGCUCCACCGUACAAGUUACUCAUUGGGGUUUAUUUACUAAACAGUGAAUUGUCGUAAAUUUUAUGCAUAACACUUUGUUUUUCAGUUCAGUACAAUUUGCUCUUUUGGGAUUAAACCCAGUAGUGUUUCCAUUCAAAGGACUUUUGACAUUUGACAGUUAAUUCAUAACUACUUACAAUAUUCUUAUGGAUGAUUCUUAAAUGUAUGGAAUACAUGUCUUUCUUUUAUUCCAUAGGAUGAAUUGAAAGUUUGCAAUUAACUUUUUUCGGCUUUAAGCCAAGCUGAACUAUGUAUAAAUUUGCGUAAGUUAGGGACUGCUUCAAACUUGUUGGUAAUUUUUAAGAUCUAGAAUCGAAACCUAGUGUUACUGAGAACUACUAUGGUAAACCUAUGAAUAAGAGCUAAGUAUUAAACAUGUAAGGUGAUGGACAUCCUAUGUUUGCACUUAUUGGCCUUUAAUGUUUACACGAUGUUUGUGGUCAUUGCGGUGUUUCUAUAUACUUUUAGAUUUUAGAUAAAUGCUACAUUUUAUACUUACUUUAAAAGUCCAGAGAGAGUCAAUCUUCUGAGUAUUUAUUUUACUACGUUAAAGCUUAAAGGGUUUCUCCAAAGUCCAUGGCCAAGAAAUUUGGCAGUGCAGUGUUUCAGAAUACUUUGCCAGAAGCUAGUUACACCCCACGUCACAGAACACUUUGGUAGCCAGAAACCCUGUUCUGGACUGCCAAAUGUUAAUUUAUGUGACAGGCGUAAUCUGAUUGAAGUCUUAUGUCUCCCCUCCAUCUCUCCUUGCAGCCCUCCCAGCAGCCCUCCUACUAACCUAUCAGCACGGUUUAGUUAUUUUUUAGAUUCCUUACCCACUCACUCUUCCCAACCCUUACCUGAUCAACAAGCAUAUUCAACAAGUCUGAGAAGACUUUAAUCGGACUGUACAAUGGUAGGAAGCAGGAGCGACAACAGGAGUUUUGCAUGGCGCUGGAUUGCAGGUAAGUAAAACUUAUUUUACUGCAUUUUUCAAGCAUUAUGGGGCGGAAGGACCAAAAGAAUCAUACUCAAGAGAGCAUUAAUAAAAGUAAUACAAAAAUUAUAAGGGUUGGAGUAACCCUUUAAUGCCAUCUACUAUUAAUGAUAACAGUGACCUUAUGUAACAUGGAGAAAUCCAUGAGUUACUAAUUUCACCAACAGCCAUUUUACCCGCUUGUUGGUAAUUGCAACAAGCCUAAAAACAUUCUCAUUGGAGGGUAUGUGAUUAUUAUGGAAGGAGGCAGAAGAGAAGGGGCAUGUCAAUGAUGUAUGUGCACAGGAUUGAUAAGCAGUUCUGUAAUUCAACCUGUGAUUAAAAAAAGCAAAAACAGUGAUUAAGAAAGAUUCUUAACAGGCAGAAAUGACGUGCUGGGGCUGGUGAGAUUAAGUAGGCUUUACAUCUCCUGGCAGGACUGGCCUUAAAGGAACACUAUAGUGUUAGAAUACAAACUUGCAUUCCAAACACUACCAUGACCGUCUCCCUAGCUCUAAAUAGAUCCCCCCCAUUUAGAAAAAAAUGAGUUUUACUUAACUAUUUCCAGCACUGAGGAUCCCUCGGCACUGCUGACCUCUCCUCCCCAGGAGCCGUCACCGAAGAGGCAUGGCCUCCUCUGGUAUGGUCCAAUCCAAUGCUCCUCAUAGGCAACCUAAAGAGCAUGCAUGGUGAGUGCCGCACAGAUUCAACCUUUUUCAUUGAAUCAAUGCUUUCCUAUGAGGCUUCUGCGUGACUUGACUUUGUUUUACUGACAGCAACUAGAUGAGGACUUAACCUUCCAAUGUAAACAUUGCCGUUUCUAAAAAAACUGCAAUGUUUUACAUUGUAGAAUUAAGGGUACAUGACCACUGCACCCAGAUCACUUCAUUAAAAUGAAGUGGUCUGAUUGACUAUAGCGCUCCUUUUGGAAUGAGCAACUUAAACUAUUGUGUUUGGAGCAAUUAUUAAACCUGUUUACACGGUAAGCUGCUGAGACUUUCAGCCAAUCCCACCAACUAAAACAUUCAGGAACAAUUAUAACUCUAUGUUUUGGGUAAUACAGUGUAGAAAUACUUUAGUCCCACGUACUCUGAUUAUACAUAUAUUUUUUGCACCAAAACAUGAAAAAAAAAAAUUCCGUAAUCUAACAGUAUAGAAAUCGUAAUGGUAAGUAAAGGAAAUGACACGAUUUAAGAGAAUUAAAAAAGGUUUAAUUCUGCAAAAUACUGGACUACUUAAAAUGAUGAUAUUGUUAUUUUAAUUAAUAAAGAACAGAAAGAAUUACUUUAGAAGCACAGGUGUGUAAUAAUGUAACAAGAUCAUAUCAUGAACAUAUGAGUCUAAACACAAACAAUACUAUGGUUUUGUAAAAGAUCGUAAGUUGGAUGGUGUUUCAGAAUAUAAACACUGCUUAAUGAGUCCCAUAGCCUUGAUGACCUCAUGGUUUCCCAUGAAACUAUAUGAUAUCAACACUCUAAAUACAGCCACCCACACCUUACAGGGAUGUAUGUAAUGCCAAUCAGUUUGUCACUGUCUUGCUCAAUCAGACUGAUUCUCCUCUGUAUAACUUAUUAUGGACUUGACUUAAGAUUUUGGAUAAGCCUUUCAAUUGAUUUAAUAUUUUGAAAAAUAUCUUUAUAUUAUAUAAUAUUUUUAUAUAUUGAUAUUCUUUUUGAUAGUUUAAAAUUUUGAACAAACCAUUUAAACGUUUAUACAAACAUAUUAAAUCAUUUGAAAAGCUUAUACAAAAAUAUUAAUUGUUAAAAUAAGCAGUGUCAGAAAUAAAAUAAUUAUUAGGUAUCAACAUGCAAUGGAUUAUCUUCCAUAAAAUUAUUUUAUGUUAUCAUCCCUUCUAAAGUCUUUGGCUUCAGUGUUUUCUAAUCUCAGUUCUCCUUAGUUUGGAUACCACUGUUUAAAAAGGCAUUGAUUAAUAUGGGUAAUUUCUCCAAAUUGUGCAAAUACUGCUCUUUUUACAACAAAGUCCUGCAUCAUAAUACUCUUCAAAUGAUGUCAAAUUCAACCAGGAACUGACUUAGAUCUCUCAACCAAUCCCUACGCCAUUUACUCUUUACGGGAUAAUAAUACGAAUAUAAUAAUUUGCAAUUUUUAUAGCGCUUUUCUCCCUGUGAGACUCAAAGCACUUUACAAAUAUACAAACAUAAAGACAUAAAAGUUAGGAGUUUCUGAAGGUCAGCUGAGCGGACUGAAUGUUUGAUGGAAGAGGUGGGUCUUUUUUUUUUAAGUCUUUAAGGAUGGUGCCUCUCUGAUUGUGCACGGUAAAGAGUUCCAGAAAGUAGGGGCAGCGUGAACCGAAUGGAAUGUAGGGUGUCAGGAAAAGUGCAUGUUCAAUGGCAUCAGGUAUUCACUAAUGUCUUAUAGAAACAAAUAGAAACAAAUAGAAGCAAAUACAUGGAUUGUGGUAAUUUGAUAGUGGGAUAGUAAUAUUUAGGAUGAAAUAGACAGGUAAUGGAUUUUUUUACAUUUAAAAUUAAAUGUCAAAGUUAAAAUGGGUGGAGAGGACAAUUAGAGGGAAAGUGCAUAAAUUGCAGUUAAUGAAUGAAAAGUAUUCAUGCAAGUGAACUGAGCUGCACAAAUGAUUUUCAUUUUACUGUUCUCCAUUGGAAUCUAAAAUCUACGCUAUUUUUACUUCAUCUUUAAACGUGAAGACAAGAGUUAAUGCAACAGAACUAAGGUGCUUGUUUUUUUAUUCAUUUAUUAUUGCGAAGUCCAACUUAUCUGGCAUUAUUAAAAAAUAAAUUCCUGAUACUAUUGCACCAUGGCAACUCUUUCAUGACAUGUCUAGUGUUUCUAAUUUAAUUCAUAGCUUAACCUAGAAAAACUGCUAGCAGCUGUCCAUUUAUAAAGUUAUUUUACCUGAUGAGCCAACUGGUACACUUCCUGUGCAAUAAAGGCCAACCUCCUGUGUGCAAGGAAACUACAGCAGCCAGGACUGCCAGCAGAAAUAAUGGGAGCCGUUACAAAAUCUUUGUUUGAAUCUGAUGCAUACUCUAAGACACAAACAUAAACGUACUAACAUAGACACAUAAAUUCCUAAACACAAGCAGAUAUGCACACUCAUUCACACUCACACAGAUGGAUAUUUUCACCCAGGUACACAUAGGCAGAUAUGCAUUUAUAGACACACACCCACAGACAUGCACAUAGACACACACUGCCAGAUAAACAAAGAUUCACAGACACACAUGUACAGAGAAACAGAUGAACUCCCAGACACACAGAAGUACAGAUACACACAUCUCCAGACAUCCCCUAUCCCCCAACACAGAGCCUAUCCCCCACUACAGCCACUACCACUAAUUAAAGCACUAUCCACUUCACAAUAGUCACUAUCCUCCUACUACAGCCACUAUUGCCACAUGCUCCCAACAUUAGCCACUAUUCCCCCACAACAGACGCUACCACCCCCACAGCAGACAGCAUCACUCUAUUACAGCCCCUAUCACUCACUACAGCCACUACCCUCCCCACUAAAACCCCUGUUCCCCCACAACAGCACCAUAUGCAACAGAAGAAGUAGCUCCCAUACACAAAACCCUAACAAAAUAUUCCCACACGCAAACAACACCACAAGCAGCCUCCACACACAGAAACAAACUCCCUCUCCCAGGCCUCUCCCUCUCCCACUUAUCAUCCAUCCGCCCACCUAGUCACAUUUAAAAAAAAAAAUAUAUAUAUAUAUAUAUAUAUAUAUAUAUAUAUAAAUAAAAGAAACAACUAUACCUUGCACUCAGACUCCAACUCCCAAGACCGGGUGCACUACCAGGGCUCCAAACAUUCAAAUGGCUGUAAUAGAAGGCUGCACUCACGGAUUCCAUAAAAUAUAACUUUUAAUCAGUCUUGUUAAAAAAAAUCAAUCAACGUUUCAGUCCUACUAGGCUUAUCCUGAUGAAAGUCCUCAAGUAGGACUGAAACGUUAAUUAUCCUGAUGAAAGUCCUCAAGUAGGACUGAAACGUUGAUUGAUUUUUUUAACAAGACUGAUUAAAAGUUAUAUUUUAUGGAAUCCAUGAGUGCAGCCUUCUAUUAAAGCCAUUUUUAUAUAUAUAUAUAGUGCAUUGAGGAAACUGACCUCGAGGGAAGCAAGGAGGGUAAGUCCAGCCCUGCUCAGUCAUACAUGUUUUGUGCUCUGCACUAAUCAAAUAAAUAGGACCCAAAAAUCUAAUAUAGUCUUCACACACUUUUAAUAUGUUUUAUAUAUUUUUUUUUUACAUUUAAUUAAAUAAGGGAACAAAAUAUAUAAGGGAAUACACUAAGGCUUCUACAUAGUUAAUUAUACACAAUAUUUGUGGAGUAGACCUUAUAUAUUUAGAGAGCUCCAAGGUAAUUUCUUCAUCUAGGUAUCAGUAAAAUAAUACAGACUGAUCUCUAUACACACAUUCUCUUAUUAUACACCUCUAACUUAUUUCUUUCUCCAUUCACUGUUUCAUUGUUUAUAUUACCCCCUCUUUCCUGUUAUUAAUACUCUAUUUCUUUCUAUCUCUGCAGGAGACCUGGACUGUACAUAUAAUGGCUUUGAUGUUGUGUCUUGCACAUGGAAAUUUGAAAAAGAUUUUAGUUCCACGCCAUGUGUUCUGAAUGCCACUCACAGCUCCAUAAGGUCAGUUGCAGAUGCUAACACAGACUCCAAUAUAAUUUUUUUUGUAAAACAACAAGGGUCAUAAAUUGAGGGCACUUGUGUAUAUGAAAUAAAGAGAUGCAUACGAUAACAAUAAUGGUAUAAAAAUAAAACGCAAAAAAGUCUCUAAUUAUAUAUACAAGUAAGUACAAUAAAACAAAUAAAGAAAGAAAUAAAACACCACCAGUAAAAAGGUUUGCCGAUUAAAAAUAACGAGAGCAGAUAUUUCUUACACAUAUAAAAAAUAAAAAUGAAGAAAAUAACCCUUAUAUUUUUGCAGCCUUACCUCCAGCAUGUUACCAAAUCCUGUAGAUUCCAUCUUAAAAACAUAGCCCGCAUCCGCCCCUUUCUUACGCAAGAUGGUACCAAAGAGCUUGUCCAUGCUCUAGUAAUUUCCCGCAUGGAUUAUUGUAACCCUCUCCUGAUUGGUCUUCCCAAAAAACGUAUUGCCCCGCUACAAUUUGUAAUGAAUGCUGCCGCCAGACUGAAAAUUCCUCUCUCGUUGGUCCUCUCACACCUCACCCCUUUGUCAGUCCUUACAUUAGCUUCCUCUAUCCUAUAGGAGUCAAUUCAAAAUGUUAACCCAUACCUAUAAAGCACUGAACAAUUCUAGCCCCUUUUAUAUCUCUUCACAGAUCCAUAGGUAUGCCCCUUCUCGGUCUCUCCGCUCUGCCCGGGACCUUCUCCUGUCCGCUACAUGCACCCAUACAGCCAACUCACGCUUGCAGGACUUCUCGUGGGCAGCUACCUUCCUAUGGAACAUUUGCCUACCCCCAUCAGACUCUCCCCUAGUCUUCAAUCGUUUAAGAAGUGCCUUAAAACCCAUCUUUUUAGGAAAGCUUAUGGCCUCCCAGAGAGUAAUUUCUACUUCACAUACCUGUCUCUUGCUCUCUCCUGAAGGGCAGCACUCUACUCUCCUCCAGCUCUGCUUCACUCCCACCUGAUUUGAUUGCUAUUUCUUGUCCUAUUGUGUUUUACACCCCACCUCCUAUAGACUGUAAGCUCGUUUGAGCAGGGCCCUCUUCAACCUAUCGUUCCUGUAAGUUUUCUUGCAAUUGUCCUAUUUAUAGCUAAUCCCACCUCCUAUAAUAUUGUAAACCGCUACGGAAUAUGUUGGUGUUAUAUAAAUGGCAAUAAUAAAAAUAAUAAUAAUAGUACAGACAGGCCUGAGGUACCCCAAUGGCAAUCCUCAGGCUCAGCAUAGUAUUUGAUAAGGCAUGCUUCUUGGGGCCCACUGGGGGCUUCUCAGUGCUGUCUCGGUCCGGUGCCUGAAGGGGUGCAGGCUCUUCUUGGAGCUAGUGUCAUUCAAAGGCCGGGAGGUGUGUAUAGAUGGGGUUGGCUUGUUCUUGCGUAAGAAGGUGAUCGCAUUAGUGUACAUCAGCAUGGGAUUGCUUGCUAGCAUGUAGCAUCACUUUCGGUGGCUCCAUUUUCGUGCACGCUUCCCUCUGUAGGAAGUGCCGUGGAGGCGGGAGUGUGUGGGCAGCGGUGGUGGUGAGUACUGAUCUGGAGCAUGUUUCAUGGCUUGCAGUUCUUAAAGUUUCCUCCUGAAGAUGGCAAAUAUGGCAUUUAGCCAUUUCAGAUUGUCAGGCCCUUUGUUGUGUCUGGUGGCCCAGCGGCGUUCACUGCCAUUUUGGGGUUGCAGCCUAGAUUAGAUCUUCUGGGACCGUGAUAAGCCCUGCCAGUCCAUGGGGGGGGGGGAGAAGGCCCGUGUUCCCGAUUUCAGCCAUAGCGGCCUGCGGAGGAAUGGCCGCCUCCCCUCUGCCGACCAUGCUUGUAGGCCGCAGAUGUUGCCCCGUUGAGUCUUGCCAGACAAGCUGCUUCUUUGGUGCCUGCAUGUGCCCAUGAUUCCACAUCUCAGUUGGUGGCACUUUUGAAUCGGUUGAGUGCCGUUCAUGGCAGUAUUCGUCUAUUAAAGCAGGAGUAGCUCUAUCCAGCAUCCGCUCAGCUCAGCGUUCAGACCUCCAAGGGUUAUUUUCUAAUGUGAUUUUCUAUGUUUUCCUUCCGGCUAAUUUAACCUAAAACGGAAAUUCUCUUUGCAUCCCUGACAAUUCCAUUAAUAUCCCUAAUUUUGACAGAUUAUUACGCAGGAACCAUGUAACAGUUUAGUAUCCAACCAAAUCAAUUGAAAAGCCAGUAUAUUUAUUAAUAUAAAGCAUUCUGAUCCUUUGAAGGGGCUUUAAAACAAUUAUUCUAUAAAAUAAAAGAGAGCUAAUAGUGCCCCAAAAUUUAUUUUUCUGAAAAACUAACUUGUUAUAUACAAAAUAAAUUUUGUGCCGAAAAAGACAUGCUAACAUUCGUAAGCAGCCUAAUAUGGUAACAAAAGUGCAAAAAUCCCCCCCCAAAAUGAAAAAAUACAUCAUUUUAUAUAGAGAAAAACCAAAGGCGCAAUAAAUAAUCACUUGAAACUGUCUUUUUAUACAGGUAACAUACCUGUAUAGACGGAAUCUUUAUACAUAAACGGUUUCUAGGGAUUAUUUAUCUAAAACCAUUGUUGUUAAGGAAAAAUAUUAGGUAUUUUUUCCUGAAUUAUUUCACCACACACUGCAUCAUUGCUGCUGUGGAGUUUGUGCAAAAUCACGUCAAAUGUUUAGUUCACCUCUAAAAUUCAGUGAAUAUCCCUGUAUGUUUUGAAAAAUGAAAUGGACUCAUACAUAAAUCUAUCUUAUUGUACCUUAACAAAAACCUGGACAUUACCUUUAUACACUGCCACAAUGGCGCUAACUGCAUUUAAUUUUUUUUUUUUUUUAAUUAAAUGUCAAAAUGGUUUUAAAUGUUAAGUGUGAAUGUUUUUUAUACUUUUGUCUUUCGGUUUUGGGUUUAACCCCUUAAGGACGGAGCCAAAUGUACAUGUUGUGAACAAAACAAAAUGUAAACAAAACCUGGCAUUUGCGCUACAUGUCUGUCCAACCGUAAUUCACCUCUUUCAUAGUAAAUUCACCCACCCUUAUUAUAUAUCAUUUUAUUCAGGGGAAACAGGGCUUUUAAUUUAAUAUCAAAUAUUUAGCUAUGAAACAUACUUUAAUAUGAAAAAAAUGGGAGAAUAUAAGAUUUUAAUUUUAUUUAGUUCUACGUGCCAUUUUAACUGUCAAUGUCAUAAUACUGUUUGCUUUUACUGCAAUAAAAUACACAUAUUUGUAUUCAGCAAAGUCUCACAUGUAAGACAGUACCCCCUUUGCACAGGUUUUAUGGCAUUUUGGGAAGUUACAGGGUUAAAUAUAACACGUUACAUUUGAAAUUGAAAUUCGCCAGAUUGGUUACGUUGCCUUUGAGACUGUAUAGUAGCCCAGGAAUGAAAUUUACACCCAUAAUGGCAUACCAUUUGCAAUAGUAGACAACCCAAGGUAUUGCAAAUGGGGUAUGUCUUUUUUAGUAGCCAUUUGGUCACAAACACGGGCCAAAGUUAGCGUUAGUAUUUGUGUGUGAAAAAUGCAAAAAACGCCAAUUUUGACCAGUGUUUGUGACUAAGUGGCUACUAAAAAAGACUGGACAUACCCCGUUUGCAAUACCUUGGGUUGUCUACUAUUGCAGAUGGUAUGCCAUCAUAGGGGUAAUUUUCAUUCCAUAGGGUCUCAAAGGCAACGUAACCAAUCUAGCGAAUUUUAAUGUGAAAAAAAUGAAACACAAGCCCUAUAUUUGAUGCUGUAACUUUUGAAAACACAAUAAAACCUGUACAUGAGGGGUACUGUUGUACUCGGGAGACUUCACUGAACACAAAUAUUUGUGUUUCAAAACAGUAAAAAGUAUCACAGCAAUAAUAUCGUCUCCCGAGUAGAACAGUACCCCCCAUGUACAGGUUUUAUGGUGUCUUGGAAAGUUAUAGGGUUAAAUAUAGUGCUAGCAAAUUAAAUUCCCUUUACUUUCGGCAUGGGUUGUCAGGAAGGUCCCACUAAUUGUAAUUAAUUAAGAUACCUAAUUAUGUAAAAAUAUUACAUAAAUAUAUAUGUAGAAUUAAUAUAUGUAUAUAUAUACAUAUGUGUAUAUAUAUAUAUAUAUAUAUCAUUUUUUAAAAAUAUUUUUAUUUAUAUAUAGGUAUAAAUAUAGUGAUAUAUACAUAUAUAUUUACGUAUAUAGAUAUAUAUAUUAUUUUGUUCUACAUGUAUUUUGAUAUAAAUAUAUAUAUAUUAAUAUCACAAUACUGUUAGAACGAAAUAACACACAUCUAUAUAUUUUUUAUUUAUUUAAUUUAAUUAUUUAUUUUAUUUUAUUUUUUAACAUAUUUACAUAUUUUUUUAUAUUAUAUAUAAAUAUAUAUAUAUAUAACAAUAAUUAUAUAUAUAUUUAAUCAGUAUCAGUCUACGUGUAAUUUGAUAUUAAUAUAUAUAUAUAUAUAUAUAGUAAAAUACACCUAGACUGUGUAUGUGUGUGUAUGUAUAUGUGUAUAUAUAUAUACUUAGAUCAUAUAUAUAUAUAUAACAUAUAUAUAUGAUCUAAGUAUAUAAUUUUUUUUUUAACACUUAUAAAACUUUAGUUUAUUUUAUUUCCAGCCAGCAGGAAGACUACCUGUCAUUACAGGUAGCCCCCCUGCUGGCAAUGCAGCAGCCAGCUAUCCCGGCCAUGUGAUUGUGAGGUCCUUGCAAGGACCUCACUCUCACAUGGCCAAGGGGCUGUAGGACGGAGGAUCACCUGCGACCGGGUAAGUAAGAACCGGAGGGCGUACUAUUACGCCCGGCGGCAUUUAGUGCCGCCUAAAAUAGGGCGUAAUAGUACGCCCUCCGGUCUUAAGCAGUUAAUAACCAUUACAAUACAUGCUGGACCAGUGAAUUGUGAAACAAUACAGGUUUAUUUACUAAAUAAUAGAAGUUGAAUCACAAAUGUUCUCGGUAGGCAAGUAUAGGAAGGAACAAGUCCUGCGCUCAAACUCCCAUUACUCUUGGGCGGCAGCAAUGACCAUAGGACACAUCAGCCAAAAUACAUAUUGUAAAAACCAAAGAUUAAAAAAAAAGUUACCUGCGCUCUUUCCAAAUCCCUAUGCAUUUUUAAACAAAUGGAGGUUUUUAGUUACCUCCAAUGGCCAUGAGAGGGUAUGCCCACCUGCCACUUGUGAAACAAAAGUGAAUACAAAUACAAAGAAACAAGUCCUGCGCUCAAACUCCCAUUACUCCUGGGCGGCAGCAAUGACCAUAGUACACAUCAGCCAAAAUAUAUAUAGUAAAAACCAAAGAAAAAAAAAGUUACCUGCGCUCUUUCCACAUCCCUAUGUAUUUCCCUAUCACACAGCUAGGUUCCAAUCCUGCUGCCCAUUCCAUAUGUUCCCUAAUGAGGGUUAAUAAGCAUGUAGGAAUGUAUAUAUAAUAAAUCCCCCUUUCUGUCCCAGAGAUAUUUUUGCCAGAAGCUCAAGGAAGCAAGGUGAAUGGUUAGAGUUAGGACCCACCUAAGAGGUCUGCCUUGACGUGGCAGGUGGGCAUACCCUCUCAUGGCCAUUGGAGGUAACUAAAAACAUCCAUUUGUUUAAAAAUACAUAGGGAUGUGGAAAGAGCGCAGGUAACUUUUUUUUUCUUUGGUUUUUACUAUAAGUAUAGGAAAGGUAUAAGCAUAACCAACCGACGGAAUGCCAAUAGCAUAGCACAGUCAAAUGGAUAAGUUUAAGGAAAAAAUAAAGUGAUUGAGUAAUGCACUUACUCUUUCAAGAACUAUAAUUAGCUCUAACAAUUGAUGCAUUUGAACGGUACUCUCUCCGCCAUGAAUAUAGAUGUGCUUUUUUCCUUUAAUACAAAUCUUCAGAAGAGUUUGAAACAAAAUCUGUAUAAGAGAAACCAUAAAGUGUAGUAUGUCCUUUUUUCAUUUACCUCUUAAAGACCUACUACACUUUAUAGUUUCCCUUUUGUUUUUCUAUUUUAUAUCCUAUUGACCAAGGAAGAUAGACUCCUGGUUGGGUUACAUGGCUGUCUACACUACUCUACCAGUCUAUUUAUGAGGGCUUGGCCAUCUGUGUUUAAUUAAUUGUUUGUUUAUACUGAUAGCUUAGAGCAGGGGUUGGGAACCUUUUAUCUUCCAAGGGCCAUUUGGAUAUUUAAAACAUAAUUUGCAAGCCAUACAAAAUAAUCAACUUAAAAAUUAGCCUGCUGUAUUUGGUCAAACAUUUAAUUAACUCACUCCUAACGUGAUGUUAGCUGGUAUUGAUAAUGUUGCUACUCGCAGUGUGUGUGUGUGUAAGAGGGGUGCAGUGUGUGUUUGGUGCAGUGUGUGAGGGUUGGAGAGUGUGUGUGUGAGGGUUGCAGUGUAUGUGGCGUGCGGCUUCCGAUAUGUGGCAUGCAGUGUGUGUGUGUGAGGGGAGCAGUGUGUGUGUGAGAGGUGCACAGAGUUAGUGUGUGAGUGGUGCCGAGUGUGUGUGUGUGUGUGGGAUGCAGAGUGUGAGGGUUUCUGUGUUUGUGAGGGGUUCUGUGUGUGUGAGGGGUGCUGUGUGUGAGGGGUGCAGUGUGUGAGGGGUGCAGUGUGUGGGGGGGUGCAGUGUGUUUCUGUGUGUGUGUGAGGGAUGAUGUGCGUGUGUGUGAGGGGGUGCAGUUUGUGUGAGGGAUGCUGUGUGUGUGUGAGAGGUUCUGUGUGUAGGGUGCAGUUUGUUUGUGUGAGGGGUUAUGUGUGUGUGUGUGUGUGUGUGUGUGAGCGUGAGAGAGGGGUGCUGUGUGUUUAUGUAAGGGGUGCUGUUUGUGUGAGGGGUUAUGUGUGUGUGUGUGAGGGGUGCUGUGUGUGAGGGGGUGUGGUGUGUUUGUGUGAGGGGUGCUGAGUGUAUGAGGAACGCUGUGUGUGUUUGUGUGAGAGGUUCUGUGUGUGUGGGGUGCAGUGUGUGUGUGAGAGAGGAAUGCUGUGUGUGUGUAUGAUAGAGGGGUGCUGUGUGUUUGUGUGAGGGGUGCUGUGUGUGUGAGGGGGUGCAGUGUGUUUGUGUGAGGGCUUCUGUGUGUGUGGGGGUGCUGUGUGUUUGUGUGAGGGGGUGUAGUGUGUUUGUGUGGGGGGGUUCUGUGUGUGUGAGGGGUGCAGUGUGUUUGUGUGAGGGGGUGUAGUGUGUGUGAGGGGGUGUAGUGUGUGUCAAGGAUCUAUAUUGUGGUGGGAGGGGAUCAGGAAGAAAAUCUAUACUUUUUUUAACUUCAAAAUAGAAAAAAUACAAAACUUUAUGCACCCCCCCUCCCCUCCAGGAGGGAACAUAUCACUGCAAGCCCUGGUGGUCCAGUGGUUUCGCGUGCACCUAAGCCUGCAACUUCUCCGGCUGCAGGCACUCUUUUCUGCCCGCGAGCACAGCUCUGUCGGAGCGUUGCCACGGUAACAUGCGGCAACGUUCCGACUUGCCGGCUAACAGCAGCGUCACAGCCUCCCAGGUCCUCCUCCUAUCCAGCAGGCUCCCGGGUCCUAGCUCACUUCCUCCCUCUCCCUUAACAAACUGCCCAGAGACCAGUGAGGGAAAUCUUUGAUCUCCCCACCAGCCUGAAAAAGGCAAACAGCGGGCCGGCCCUCCAUGGGCUGGUCCAAAUGAUUUUGUGGGCCUUAUACGGCCCGCGGGCUGGAUGUUUCCCACCCCUGACUGAGAGUCCUAUAUACACACCAGAUACAGGGCUGAUCUGACCUUCCUUUUGUCCUAUUAAGUUUAAGAAUAAUGAUUAGCGAUACAUUUCUCUUUAAUGCAUAUAAAUUGCAUCUUUAAAUAGGAUUGAAAAAAGCACAUCAUGAGAAGCAAAUCAUUGCUUUCUUCCAAUUCUUUUUCUAAAACAAAUAGAUAAACUAACUUCUGAUGCUUCCAAUGGACAAAAUAUAUCUAUGGAUAGGGUUAGUUUGCCCAUUCCAUAGAUAAAAACACCUUUAUUGACACUCCAGCAGUGUCAUAUGGGGCAUAACCCCUAUUCCUAGAAUAUUGAAAAAAUUCACAAAUCUGAAGAAAAACACUCCAGAUAAGUAAAUAGUGACUGGAAAUUAGAUUUGGAUAAAUGAUAUCAAAAUAUGAAAAUAAUAAUUAAGCAAAAAAAUGUUUGUGAAUAUACCAAAAAGAGGUCAAAAAAACGAUCAAUAUAUAGAUCUCCACAGCUAUCAAUAGCUGUACUUCCCUAAUGUCUAUGUUGGUUAAUGUCAAAUCAGACUUCUGACUUUAAUAUUAUAAUCAGUGUCAAUGUCUGAAAAAUAUGAGAAUACAAAUAUCAUAGACAUCUAUUCUAAUUUAACACAGCAUUUGUAUCAAAAUAUCAAAUAUAUGGCAAGCUUGCAACAAAAGUUAAAUGUAAUGCUGCUGCCUCAUUGUUCAAGUUGUGCUGUGUUAAACCUGUAGCUAGAGGGGGGUGAAAGUAACCUGUUAUAUACCAUUCAACAGGCUAACCAUUAAUGUAAAUGUGUAUGGGAUUGCAUUCAUUGCGUGAAUACCCAACAGAAACAAAAUAUCCAGUCCUUGUAAAUAAACAAUAGAAAUAGCAACAUUGCCAUCAAAAAAAUCAACGGACUGAUCGUGGCUGCCUCUGAUACUAGAUAUAAGAACAGGUAUAUUUAGGUUCACACCCUUCUGUGUUCUGUGCAACUUCUGAUGCUGUUGUAGAUUGAUAUUGUUAUGUAUGGCACUAUCAUUUUUGUAUGGUAUUGGUAAAGACCAGCAAUGGCCAUGGCAUAAGCUCAGUGAGUAUAGUCGUCAACAUCCUGUCCAAUAAUGAUAUAUGUACGUGGGUGUUUGUGUAUUUUUCUGUUUCCAUAUGUCUGCCAUUCUAUCUGUCUAUCUCUAAACACUUCUAUAAACAUUUAAAAACAGAUCAUGUUUGUGGGUGAGUGGACAGGUGUGAAACGAAGACGUGAUCAUAUAAUAGAAGGAAAUGUUAUGGUGGUCAGAUGAAACAGGUAGUGUCUGUUUGUGGCGAGGCAAAUCAGGAAAGUUGGUCUAAUAGAAGUGGAGUAAAACGGGAAGUGGGAAAUGAUGACUAAAAGGGAGAUAAAUAAAAACAAAUCUCAAAAUAUUGAGAAUGUGUAACAAAGAAUUUAAGUAGGUAGACUUUCUUGAGCCUCAGUAAAAUAGCUACACCCGUUAUAUGAUUAUUUGAUAAACUAAUAUGCAUUGUAUUUACUGGGCAAAUGGCAGCGAUAAGUCACUAAUAAUAUAACUAGAGUAUAAUAUAACUAGAGUUGAGCGGACACCUGGAUGUUUGGGUUCGCUGGGUUCGGCCGAACUUCGGCAAAAGUUCCCCAUUGAAGUAAAUGGGGACCCGAACUUUUGGGCACUAAAAUGGCUCUAAAAAAGUCCUGAAAGUGUUAGAGGGCUGCAAAAGGAAGUAAAAUGUACUAAUAUACUUACCCAGUGGAAGAAGAAGAAUGUUACACUGCAUACAAUUUUAAAUAAAAAGUAUACAAACGUAGCCAGGAUUCAGCUGUAAGCAUUUGCAACACUUACAACAAUCAAGUAACACACAUUCAUAUAAAAUGUAGGUUACUUGGCUAGUCAAUGUAAUGACAGGAAUGAAUAAGUAGAUAACUCCCUAAUUCCCACGGUAUUAGAGAGCUAUCUACUAAAAGGCUGAAAGACCUGAAUUGGUCUUUCAGUCAAAUUUACUAAUACUAAGUAAAGAUUACUUAGUAUUAGUAAAUUAUGCCCCUACUUGCUAUACAGCGGUGGGUGGGGGCCCUAAAGAAAAAUUGUGAGAGGGGGGGAACCUAAUGUCCUCCUCCCUGGCCCCCACCCCUGAGCGGUGGGUGGGGGCCUUAAAUACCAAUAAGGGGGGGGACCUAUUGUCCUCUCCCCUGACCCCCCUCCCCCAGGUGACGAGUGUCCCCAAACCCCUAAUCACCCCCUCCCCCAAAAAAUUAAGCCUUACCUACCCCCCUCACCCUAAAAAUAAUGAGGGGGGACCAUUAGCUAAGUACCUGUAAAAAAAAACAAAAAAACUUACCAUUUGAUGUUUUCUUUCUUCUAAAAUCUUUUUUCAGGCACAAAAAAGGCCAAAAAAAUAUCCAUAAUAACCGACGCACCUUUAAAAAACCAAAAAAAAAUCUUCACCCAUGGAGGACUCCGUGCAGACUGAGCUCUGCAAGGCGGCGGAAGGCUUAUAAAGCCUUGCCCCGCCCUGCAAUUAGGCUCAGGGCACUGUGUAAUUUGACUCAUAACACUCUUAUUGGUUACUUAAUCCACCAAUCAGAGUGUUAUAAAUCAAAAUUACACAGCGUGGGAAAAUUCCAAAGAACUUUCACACGCUGUGUAAAAUGACACAGAGCACUCGGAUUGGUGGAUUUCAAGACAACCAGAGUGCUGUAAAGGUAAAUGUAGAGACUUACCUGUCAGUCUCUUAAUUUACCUGUCAGAGCACUCUGAUUGGAUGGCUUAAACCCACUAAUCAUAGUGCUCUGAGCCUAAUUGCAGGGCGGGGCAAGGCUUUAUAGUGCAAUAAGUCCAAAAUAAGUGCGUAAAUCUUAAGAGAAAUCCAGGUUUCUACUGACAUGUGGUAGAGCUCAAAUGAGCUUUAUAAGCCUUGCCCCGCCCUGCAGUGCUCAGUCUGCGCGCAGUCCUCCAUGGGUGAAGAUUUUUUUUUUGUUUUUUUUUAAGUGCGUUGGUUAUUAUGGAUAUUUAUUUGGCCUUUUUUGGGGCUGAAAAAAGAAGAUUUUAGAAGAAAGAAAACAUCAAAUGGUAAGAUUAAUUUUAUUAUUUUUACAGGUAAUUAGCUAAUGGUCCCCCCUAAUUAUUUUUAGGGUGAGGUGGGGGGUAUCCAGGGGUGUAGCGCAGGUCCCCCAAUUUUUAUUUAGGGCCCCCACCCACCAUUCAGGUCCACCCCUUAUUCUAAUUUAGGACCCCCACCUACCGCUCAGGGGUGGGGGCCAGGAGGGAGGACAAUAGGUCCCCCUUACCUUAUUCUAAUUUAGGACCCCCAUCUGCCGCUCAGGGGUGGGGGCCAGGGGGGAGGACAAUAGUUCCUCCCCCCUUAUUGGUAUUUAGGCUCCCAACAAUGUAUAUCACAAAUGCAAGAAAUGGCACAGUAGGUGACUAUAAUAGCUCAAACACCCGUGUGGUAUCCCCUAUACCAACACAAAUAAAUACAUACAAUACAAACACAAUGGAUGGAGCAAUAUUAAUUCUUUCCUCUUCUCCAAUAUAUUGCUGUGGAGAUAGAGAGAUAUACAACAAUAGUGUAAAUCAAUUACAAUAUAUAUUAAAGUGCAGUAGGUGCAAGGAAACACUCACAAAAUUAGAGCCAUAGGACCUGGCUCUGGUGUGGAUAGCUUCUGGAUCUAUUAUAGGGUGAUCCUUAACCCUUCUGUCGCUGGUAUGGUUUCCAAUGUAUAGAAGAGGAUCCAAAAGAUGGAGUGAUAAAAAAACUACUUUAUUAUAAAAAAUAUAUACAUAAAAUAAUGAAGGAUAAAAUAUAUGUAGUAAAUAGCAAGCCAAUACGCGUUUCGCCAAUUGUGGCUUCCUGAAGCUGACUGAGGAAGCCACAAUUGGCGAAACGCGUAUUGGCUUGCUAUUUACUACAUAUAUUUUAUCCUUCAUUAUUUUAUGUAUAUAUUUUUUAUAAUAAAGUAGUUUUUUUAUCACUCCAUCUUUUGGAUCCUCUUCUAUACAUUGGAAACCAUACCAGCGACAGAAGGGUUAAGGAUCACCCUAUAAUAGAUCCAGAAGCUAUCCACACCAGAGCCAGGUCCUAUGGCUCUAAUUUUGUGAGUGUUUCCUUGCACCUACUGCACUUUAAUAUAUAUUGUAAUUGAUUUACACUAUUGUUGUAUAUCUCUCUAUCUCCACAGCAAUAUAUUGGAGAAGAGGAAAGAAUUAAUAUUGCUCCAUCCAUUGUGUUUGUAUUUAGGCUCCCACCCACCGCUCAGAGGUGGGGGCUGGGGAGGUGGACAAUAGGUCCUCUCCAUCAUUUUACUUUAGGGCCCCCACCCGCUGCUCGGGGGUGGGGGCCGGGAGGAGGACAAUAAGUUCUUUUCAAAACAUGCCAUUAAGUCGCCGAACACCAAACUCGAACCCGAACUGUUACUGAAAUGUCAGUGCUCGUGUUCGGGGUCAAAAAAUCUUAAUGUUCGGUACGAACCCGAACUUUACAGUUCAAACCUCUAGUGGCUGUCUUCCUGACAGCCGGUAGAGGCGCUUCUGCGUCCAUAGGAAAGCAUUGAGAAAUGCUUUUCUAUGGACUGUUUGAAAGGGCGGGUGGCUCUUGCCGCGCAUGCGCAUUCCACUCCACUCGGGACCUUACGUCGGCAGGGAGGAGAGGUCACCUUUGCUGAGGGAGCCCGGCGCUGGAUAAAGGCAGGGCCGUCUUUAACGUGGGGCAAACCGGGCAGCUGCCCCGAGCCCAGUUACUCAGGGGGGCCCAAAGCAGCUGCCCCGUGGGCCCUGCUGCCCUCCACUAUUUCCCCCCGCACACUAAGAAGGCUCACCGGGUGGCCCAUGCACUAACGGCCACCUGGUGGGGCUUUGUCAGCAGGAUUCCGGUCGCACGCUGUAUCCCUUUAACAGCGCGACCGCCUGCAUGCUUUUCGGCAGCACUGGGAGGAAUUGACGGUCGCGCGUCACUUCCUCCCAGUGAAAACCUAGAGCCGCACGGGAGAGAUCAAGGAGGCAUUGAGGAGGGGGGCUGGGCCGGGCGAGCCAGCCCCUAACUCACAACAGCCUCAGCCACCACUCUGGACACCAGGGAAGGCACCCUUCAAGGUUGGAAACAGAAGGUAGGUGAAAAGUGUAUUUUGUGCCUGUGUGAUUGUAUGUGAAUGUGUGUUAGUAUUUGUCAGUGUGUGUCAGUAUGUCUGUCAGUGUGUGUGUGUUAGUAUUUGUCAGUGUGUGUGUUAGUAUUUGUCAGUGUGUCUGUGUGUGUCAGUAUGUCUGUCAGUGUGUGUGUGUGUUAGUAUUUGUCAGUGUGUGUGUUAGUAUUUGUCAGUAUGUCUGUCAGUGUGUGUGUGUCAGUAUGUCUGUCAGUGUGUGUUAGUAUUUGUCAGUGUGUGUGUGUGUGUGUGUGUGUGUUAUUAUUUGUCAGUGUGAGUGUGUCAGUAUGUCAAUGUGUGUGUGUUAGUAUGUCUGUCAGUGUGUGUGUUAGUAUUUGUUAGUGUGCGUCAGUAUGUCUGUCAGUUUGUGUGUAUGUCCGUCACUAACGCGGUCAGUGGGUGUUUCUGUGUGUGUCAAUAUGUCUGUCAGUAUGUUUGUUACUGUGUGUGUCAGCAUGUCUGUCAGCAGUGGUGUAUCCUGGUUUUGUGCUGCCCUAGGCAGAACAAAACUCAGGCGCCCCCCUGCCCCCGCGCCACCCCCACCCAGCCCUUCCCCCCGCCCCACCUUCUAAAUACACACACACACACACAGUCAGACACAAACACACACACACAGUCAGACACAUACACACACACACACACAGUCAGACACAUACACACACACACAGUCAGACACAUAGACACAAACACACACAGUCAGUCACAUACACAGACACAAACAGUCAGACACAAACACACACACAAACACACACACAAACACAGACACAAACACACACACUCACAAACACAGUCAGACACAAACACACACACAUACACAGUCAGAGACACACACACACUCACAAACACACAGUCAGACACACACAGUCAGACACAUACACAAACACAGUCAGACACAUACACAGACACAAACACACACAGUCAGACACACACACACUCACAAACACAGUCAGACACAUACACAGACACAAACAGACACAGUCAGACACAAACACACUCACAAACACACACAGUCAGACACAAACACACAUUACCUUUUUUUUUUUUUUUUUAAAUCCCCCCCCAACCCCCUUACCUUUGGGAGUGCUGGGGGGGGGGGUCUCUCUCCCUGGUGGUCCAGUGGCUGCAGGUCGGGCGGCGCUGGCAGGCGGGCGGCUGGCGAGGGAGCACUUCCUCUGAGCUCUCUGCUCAGCUCCCUCGCUUGCCAGCUGCAGAGUGAGGCUGGGAGCCGGAAGAUGACGUCAUCUUCCGGCUCCCAGGCUCACUCUGCGGCGCGCGAGGGAGCUGAGCAGAGAGCUCAUAGGAAGUGCUCCCUCGCCAGCCGCCCGCCUGCCCGCCCGCUCGGGAUGUCAGUUAGCCGCGAGGCUAACUAGGCAUUUGCCCUGGGCAUUUGGGGGGCGGCGUUUUUUGCCGUCCCCUGAAAAAUGCCGCCCAAGGCAAAUGCCUUGUUUGCCUCGCGGCUAAUACGCCCCUAUCUGUCAGUAUAUGUGUGUGUGUGUCGGUAUGUCUGUCAGUAUAUGUGUGUGUCCGUAUGCCUGUGUGUGUCCUUAUGUCUGUCUGUGUGUCAGUAUGUGUCUGUCAAUAUAUCUGUCAAUGAAUAUAUGUAUGUCAGUAUGUUUGUGUGUAUGUAUCAGUAUGUCUGUCAGUGUAUAUGUUUGUGUAAGUAUGUCUUGUACCUCUCUACUUUAGUUCCCCCACUGUGUCAUGGUGAAAUGUGUGAUUGCCCGCCAAGGAGUGGGGGCUGGUGGAGGGGAACGGGAGGUAGGGGCAGGGUUCAGGGGGACCAAGAAAAUUAUUUGCCCAGGGUCCAAUUAAUAUUAUAGACAGCUCUGGAUAAAGGUAAGUAGCUGAAGGGGUUUUAACCCCUUUAGCGCCACGGGAGGGGGACCCUGAGGGUGAGGAUCCCCCAAGGAUUAUAUAGUGUCAGGAAAACGGGUUUAUUUUCCUGACACUAUAGUGAUCCUUUAACAUAUAUCAUGGCAAACAUUUUGCACCUGCUUCCUGAAUAGCAAUUUUCCUAUAGACUACAAUGGAGGAAUUGCUAUUCAGUGAAGAAAGUAAACUCCUGCUCUGCUAGGAGAAUCCAUCCCUGGAACCUUUACAAAUUGUAUCAAUAAAAUAUUCACAUUGGCAUAGGUUGUAAAAUUGUGCAAACUCUUAUCUUACAAUGGAGACUACUGGCACUAGAAGCCAAUUAAAAGAACAUUGUUUUGAGAAACUCCUCAUUUAGUGGCUGUCAUAGAGAGACGCUUCUGCGGCACUGACUGUGUAAAACAUUGUCAUGUGAUGAGGAAGCCCCAGAGGAAAGCAUUGACUCAAUGCCUUUCUAUUUGCGAAUUUUGAAUGCUCAUCGCACAUGCGCAUUAGGUUCCCAAUGCUCCUCUUUGUAUGCUUUAUGCUCUAUCAAUGCUCCUUACUUAAGCCAUAGAUUUGAAAUUCACACUGAAUUCACUUUGACUGCUCAAAUUGUUCUGACAAAUAACCUAAAAUAUUUGUGCAUGAGUGGAAUGAACACUAAACACAAGUCCGUAACUUCACAACCAAGUAAUGACCCAAAUAAGCUAUGUAUCUAAAAAAAAAAAAAAAAAAUCAAUCUGUGCUAACUCUUUUCAGUUAGUAUGAAGUAACAAACUAAAUAAAUUAAUUUAGUCUGUGCCUGAUUCAAUCAAUCUGUAAGGGAUAUACCUGUAAAAAUUCCACAGGCAAAUCCCAGAUGGAUUGAAUCGUUCAGCCGUAGAAAAAAGGAACAAAAAUCAAACAGUUACCUUUACACUAUCCAAAAUCCCACCGCAUGUGUGCCUUGUUAAAGGUUAGUAAGUAUGUAGGGGAUUAGAAAAAUACCCCUCCCUGUCUCAUUAGAGAUUUUUACCUUUCAGCUCAAAGAAGCAAGGUGGAUUGUUAGUGUAGGACUCACCUAAGAGUUUUGCCAUGGCUUGGCAGGCGAGCUUACACUUUAAUGGCCAUCGGUGUGACACUAACAACCUCCAGUUAUUUAAAUGUGCAUAGGGAUUUAGUAUAGUGCGCAGGUAACGUUUUUUUGUUUGUUUUAACCCCUUAAGGACACAUGACAUGUGUGACAUGUCAUGAUUCCCUUUUAUUCCAGAAGUUUGGUCCUUAAGGGGUUAAGGAUUGGUGCUGAUGUGUACGGUAGUCAUCCUUGCCGCCCAGGAGUAGCGGGCUUGUAGUUGGGCUUAUUUUGCAUGUUUAUAGAUAAAAAGGAAUUUGAUUUGUUCAUAGCAACUGAAAAAUAGUAAUGCACAAGUUUAUAAAAUAUAGCUAGCAAUAUUAAUAACACAAGAAAUACACAUUUUUGCUAAACUUGAAUUGUCAUGUGCAAGCAUAUGGAACAUGAUAGAUUAAUGUGUCACAUGCCUCCUAUUAGCAUCAUUAAAUGAACAAAUCGUCAACAACACAUAGAUUUGGUGCAUAGUCCAUGCAGUUGUACUGAUCAAUUCUCUCCAUUUAAUCAAUUCUCUCCAUUUACGAGUAAAACCAUUUUAAUUUUGCAGCCUUCAACAAAGCUUCCCCUACAUUCUUCCUGAAAAAAAAAUGCUAAUUUGUAACCUUUCCUGCAUACAGAAAUGAUACCCUUUAGAAGUUCUUAUUUCCUGAUCUGUUAAAGGAAUACUAAAUAAAUUAAAUAUAUAUAUAUAUAUGUAUACUCUCAGAAAAAUAUAUAUCUCCUAUAUCCUGAAAAAUAUGGUGUAUGAUAAUUUAGAAAUAUAUAAUAAAUAUAUUGUAAAUUGAUAAUACACUAUUGAAGACACAACAUCUAUUUCUUUUCCAGUGAUAGAAGGAAGGUGAAGGGAUUCUGUCCACUUCCUCCAGCUGAGGGUCAGCGACAAUGUAAUCUACGAAUGACCAAUGCGCUUAAUGUAAGUAUAAACUACAAGAGACAAAUGAUAUCAAUGUUAUCUUUUUGUGCUACAUUGAAUAACGUGAUGUAACCAGCAUUUAUCAGUUAAGCAAAUCGCGGAACUGGAGUUGUUUUUCCGUUUUUUGCACUCUUGCACUAAUAACAGGCAAACAAUGAAAGCUAACAUGGUUAAUGCAGUCUAGCUAGAGGUCACAAGAAUGAAGUUAGGAAGAGGCCGUAGGUAGAACUCAAUGUCUACUAGCAGGAGAGGAGGUGAUCUGUGAAGCAGGAGUACAGAUCACAGACUCUUCUCCCUAUUUCAUCACUACAGCAUUGUUGCAGAAUUAGAGGUGCCAGAAUUUGUUGAAUUGCCAAUGUACCUUCUGUAAAACACAGAGGGUGCAAAACUGAGCAAGGAAGAGAUUUGUAUCUAACCUAGGGCCUAAUAUGGCUCCUCAGAUGGCUACUAGAGGUGCUUCCUGGGGCAGUGCUGCACAGUGUGCAGUACUGCCAUUCAUUGUCUUCACCCUCUGCAUUGAGACACUGAAGUUUCCCCAUAGCGAUGCAUUGACUCAAUACAUCUCUAUGAGGAGAUGUUGAUUGGCCAGGGCUGUGUUUGGCUUGUGCUGGCUCUGUCCCUGAUCUGCCUCCUUGACAGUCUCAGCCAAUCUAAUGCUUUCCUAUGGGAAAGCAUUGUGAUUGACCCAGAUCAACACUUCUGAUUAUGUCAGCCAAGCAGGCAAAUCAGAGGCUGAACAGGAAUAAAGGUAAAAUGUUACUAUAGUUAGCUGGGUAAGGGAGGCCAGAGGUGCUAGAUUGUGUUUUUAACACUAUAGGGUCAGGAAUACAUUUGCGUUCCUGGUCCUAUAGUGUUCUUUUAUUGUUUCUUAAAUUGUAAUGCUGAGAAAAUUGGUAAGGGGAUUUGAAGCUUGUGCAUUUUGGGCCACAAUACUCAGGAACACUUGGUAAGCUGGAACUGUUCCAGUUCGGUGUAUAUCCCCAAAUGGGUAUUUAUGUUAAGAUAGGUUCUAAUUGACCAGUGUGUAGGAUUGUAAAUCUUGUAAUUGUGGGUCCAGUUCAAAUAAUCUCAUAUUAUUAGGAUCCCCCUUAGUAACUGGAGUGACACAAUGGGCUCCCAGAUUCCUUAUCACAUACCCUGAAAUGUGGGUUGACAAUUAAUACAAUUCUUCUCAGUGCAGGACAACGGUGAAAAUCAACAAACUUACCAUUUAAUGUGUACUCAAACCAUCCUUUAAAUACAGAGUUAUGGAUGGCCAUUUUAAGGUGCCUCUCACUGUAUAUCAAAUCAUCUACAUCAACAAGAAGUUUAACCAAUGUUCAUACAUAGUACUACAUUUUUUGUGUGUUUGUUUUGUUGUCUACCAAGCAUAUAAUCAUCUAUGAAUAGACAAAUAUAGGGUGUGCCAAUAGAGAAAUAAAUAUCAAACAGCAAAAUAAGAACACUGUUAAUAAUAUGAAUAAAAAUGCAGAUAUACCAAUAUGAUAAUUGCUGCUUUAAAAUGAGGAUAGAAGUCAAAGUUAGUUAAUGCCUGGGUAAAUAUAGAUAUUUCUUCAGACAUAAUAGUAACCAAGAUGACCAGCUCCCAAGGACAUAUGUAAGGAAAGAAGAUAAAACUUGUGUAGUGCAAUAAGUCCCAAAUCAGUGUGCAAAUCUUAAGAGAAAUCCAAGUUUCUAUUCACAUGUGAUAGAGCUCAAACAAGCUCUGGUGUAGGGCGCAUAUAGUGGUUUUGAUCCUCCACUGCUAGAAUAUCACUGAAAGGCAGUGUUCACAGAUGUCGUAGUAGCUGGGUGUACAUAAAAUCAAAGAGAAUAAAAAGCCAAAAUAGUACUAGUGGUAGAAAUAUACUCACAAUUUACUGAGCAGAUAGCCUGCUCAAGUAUAUAAGCAUACGUGGUAUAAUCCCUGUAGCGGAGAGCUGGUCUUUCACAGGUUAACUCCACUAGAUCCCAGUGAGGCUCAGGAACAAGUAAUAAAAUCCCAUAGAACAAUAUUCACAGCAAGCAAGGUAAUCCAUGAAUAUCCCCAUACAGAUCCCAAUAACUGGACAACACCCAGCAUCAGGAGCAGAACUGAACUUUUUUUUUUUUUUUAAUUCAAGAUUUUUAUUGUUUUUAAGUCAAAAACAAGCAGGAGGGAUUAAAGGGGUACAGAAAGGAAGAAGGGGUGGGGGGAGGAAGGUAAGAGGGCGUUAGGACCAGUCGUCCUUUUGAACAUUAUUGUGACAGAGUAUCAUACAUUGACAUGGAUUAAUAUGACCGUCAUCUUGUACAUCAAAGGCAGUUAUCAAAACAAGGUUGAGUCUGUUGUUAACAUUGUACCUCAUGUGUGCCAGGCACCGUAGCCUUCCUGGUCUAAUUUUUAUAGAGUUUCUCCGUCAUUGUUUGUUCAUGUUAGCCGGGGUAGGGUACACAUAUGAGGGGGGGCUUGGGUAGAAGGUCAGGUACACAGAGUUUCUGUUUAUUGCUUACUUUGUCUGUUGCUGGCAAGAUGUUUCAGCUAUGACCAAGUGGUGUGCCUGAUUGUGCGGUGGUUCUGGCUGCUGCUGCUAUUCAUAAUCGCUUUCGUUGGACUCUGUGUUUAGUGAGAAGGGGGCUCCAGGGUGUAACUCCUGGAGUGGGGUGAACUAUAUUACAUCGCGUAACAGUUUUCCGUGGUUUCACGUGUGUUAAGUUUGAUUUAUGUGACGUGUUGUUGUGUGUGUGUGGUGCGUUUAGUGUCCCAGAUAAGGGGUGGUGUGUGUUUGUGAGUCUCCGUCUGGGGUAUGUGCAGGAAAAAAAGGGGGGGGGUCUGUCGCUCCGUGAGGCUGGUAUUUGAGGCUUGGUGGUGGGCCUAUCGAUGUGUUGCGACCCCUGUCCAGGCUAGGAUGUGCCGUGGGAUUGAGUUUUCUGGGGUUGGGUGGUUAUGCGAUUGGGUAGGCUAGAACUCUGUCCAUGGACUAUGUGUGUGCCCGUCCUUGGGUUAUAGAUGACUGGUGGGGAGUGUUGGGCCAAGUGUUUUUGUUCAGGUCGGGUGCCUCCCGCCGUGAUUGGUGGGCUACCUCUAAUGGUGCUAAGAUGUGUAGUCUAUUUGGUUCGUUCCUGAGUAGUUAUGUGUGUCUAAAGUGUUGGGGUUGUGGUUUGUUUACCUGUGACACUGUUUGUCCUCUCUACUUUGGAUGUGCUCUGGGGUCUGCUGGACAGUGUGGUCUGGUCCUAGGUGUGUUAGCCAGAGGUCGAGCAUCGCUCUGUGUGGGUGGGUCACUCGGCCGUGUUGGAGAACCUCGGGUGUUCCCUCCCACCUGGUCAACCCCCCCUAAUGGGACGUUCGGCAGGGUGGGGAAUUCGAAGAUCCAUGGCUCCCAUAUUUUGUUGAAGUGUUUGGUAUUGUCGUGUAUUAGGGCAGUUAGUUUGUCCAUUUGCAUGGCAUCGUUAAUUUUCUGUGUUAUGGUUGUGGUGGACGGGACAUCUGGGCUCCCCCAUUUCUCCGCUAUCGCUCGUCUGGUGGCCAGGGCUAGCUUGGCCAGUAGUUUGUUUUGUGCCCUUGGGGUGUUUUUGAGUGGUCUGGAUAGGAGCCAUAGCCAGGGGUCUAACGGGAUCGUGGUGUGUAGAACCUGUGUGGCGAGUCGCGCCAUAUGUUGCCACAGAGUGGUUACCCGGGGGCACUCCCACCACAUGUGAGUGUAUGUGCCUCUGUUCCCGCAACCCUUCCAGCACAGAUCGUUAUCUGCUUGUUUCAUUUGUUUCAGGCGUAGUGGGGUGACGUACCAUCGGAGGAGGGUUUUGUAUGCUUGUUCUUUAUGAUUGACACAGAUCGAUACCGUUGCUGUAGCUUCCCAAAUGUCUGCCCAAUCGCUCUGAUUCCCUAUGGGGCCAAGGUCUCUCUCCCAGGCUGCAGUGUAGGACAGAGAUCCCUCUCGUGGUUGCCUGCUUAGUAAGGAGUAUAAGAUUGAUAUUUGUCCCGUGCCUAGUGGAUGUGUGUUGCACGCUUUUUCCAGCGGUGUGAGAGGGGAGUUGCUCGCUUUCACUAAGGCUGGUUUUUCUAUGUAGCUGCGGAUCUGUAUGUACCGGAAGAGGUCGCGAGCUAUGAAGGGGGUCUGUUGUGGGAGUUCUGCGAAGGGUAUGAUAGAUUGGUUUUUGUAAAAUUGGUGAAUGCGAAUCAAGUCGUUGUCUUCGUAACGGACGAAGUCCUUUGGGUUCAUACCUGGCGUGAAUUUAGUGUUCCGGAGGAUGGGCAUUAGUGGGGAGGGCUGGGAGAUAAGGUUAUGUUUUUGGGUGAUUUUAUCCCAAAUGUUUAUCAUGGUGAGAAUAGCUGGGGAGGUGAUGGGAAUCGGUGGCCUGGCGUCUUUUGGGAGCCAGAUAUAGAGAGAGGGAAAAUCUGACCCAAAUAUAUUAUGUUCUAGGUCUACCCAUCUCUUAAGGCCAGGGGCCGCGUGGAGUUGGAUUGUCUGUGCAAUUUGUGCCGCGUAGAAGUAGUGGGUAAGGUUGGGAAGUCCUAGUCCACCCUGCCGAUUUGGUAUGUACAAUGUGCGUCGAGCUAUGCGCGCUCUUUUUCCCGCCCAUAUAAACUUGUCUAUUUGAGUUUGAAGUUUUUUAAAGUCAGAGGCUAGGAUCGGUAUUGGAAGGGUCUGGAAGAGGUAUAGGAACCUCGGGAGGAGGUUCAUUUUGAUCGAGGUCGUUCGGCCGAUCCAUGAGAUCGACAUGUUUUUCCAUUUUGCUAAGUCUUGUGUGGCCGUCGCUAGCAGGGGUGUGUAGUUUAAGCUGUAGGUUUGUGUGAGGUCCGCUGGGAGCGUAAUACCUAGGUAUUUCAGGGCUGUGGUCUGAUAUGUGAACGGGUGUCUCCUUUGGAGGUUUUGGAGAGUGGUUUGAUCUACUUGGAUUGGGAGGACCUCAGUUUUUCCUAGGUUGAGUUUGUAUCCCGAAAGUUGUGCGUAUUUCGCUAGCUCCAUGGACAGGGGUGGCAGGGAGUUCAAAGGGUCUGUUAUUGACAGGAGUACAUCAUCUGCAUAUGCCGCUAUUUUAUAAGUUUCAUCCCUAAUUCGCACUCCUUGGAUCUCGUUGUGGUUACGCAGGACUUGGAGUAGUGGUUCAAGAGAGAUGGCGAAGAGGAUGGGGGAGAGUGGGCACCCUUGUCGCGUUCCAUUCCUGAUUUGGAAGGAAGGGGCUGUCGUCAAUUGUAGGAGAAGAGUGGCCGUGGGGGAAGAGUAGAGGGUCUUCAGUGCAUCCAGGAAGGGUGAGGGGAAGCCGAAUUUCUGUAAGGUGGCGAAAAGAAAGGGCCAUAGCAAUCUGUCAAAUGCCUUUUCGGCGUCUAGGGAUAAUAGCAAGGUCGGUAUGCGUCUGCGGUUGGUGUACCAGAUAAGGUCAAAGGUGCGCCUAGUGUUAUCACUGGCUUGUCUGUGUGGGAUAAAGCCUACUUGAUCUGGGUGGAUAAGUCGAGGGAGGAGGGGGUUAAGUCUUUCCGCCAUCACCUUCGUGAAUAGUUUGACGUCUACAUUUAGUAGGGAUAUUGGUCUGUAAUGUCCGGGCUCGAGGUGGGUCUUGCCAGGUUUCGGCAGGAGGCAGAUGUUUGCCUGCAGCAUAUCAGGGGGCAAGGGGUCUCCCUGUAGGAGUGAGUUGUAGAGUUUGCUUAGUUGCGGGAUUAGGGUCGACGCGAAGGUUUUGUAAUAUAACCCCGAGAAUCCGUCUGGGCCUGGGCAUUUGUUUGGUUUUAGUGUUUUGAGUGCUUUUGCUAUUUCUUCUAUAGUAAUUUCUUCGGACAGUCGGCUAGCCCCUUCGGGUGUUAGUGAGGGUAGGGUGAUAGAGUCGAGGUAUUCGUUGAUUUUGGUGGUUAGUGGCGCGGGGUCCCGUCUGUGUUGGGGGCUAUGAUCAUAGAGCUCCGAGAAGUAUUCUUGGAAUAUCUUAGCUAUUUGGUCUGGUGAGUCCUGCAGCUGUCCCUCUCUAGAGUGGAUUUUGGUGAUUCGUUUAUGUGCGGUUCUGCGAUAGAACUGAACUUUUAAUCACUCAACCUUCUUUUAAAGCUUUCUCCCAUACAUGAGUUGCCACCCACACAUCCCCUCCCCUUAGUAUGACUCAUAAUCCUAUUAUGCAGGACACAGUUCCCCUGGUUUUCUGGAUGUACCCCUAAAGAUAGGGGUACCCCUUUAAAUAUUACAUCCCCUGGUAGCCCUGAUCUGGGUGAGGGACAUAUUCAAAAAUCACUCAGAUCGGACCAGGGGUUUUCUGGAAAUUCCUGGAGGUAGUAAAAAGACAGACCGUGUUGGGGUAAAUAGCCAAAAUGGGUUCCAUACAUUUUGGCCCUUUGGUCAGUCACAGAAAAGGGGACUAAAAUGCAUGAACGGCUUGGGUUAUGGAGACUGGGGAGGAUUCGGAUAAACCCCCUUGUUCGUGGGGUUCUUUCUAUGAACAGGGAGCCGUUCGGUAGUUUCUACACGAAUUGAUGGCACUGUGGAGGUCUCAGCGGUGUUUGCCUAGCCAAGUGUCCGAUUUGGGUUCCAGACACUCAACGGCAAAACACCGCUGUUCGGGAUUUUAAGAUGGCCGACGUCACGUGUUCGUCUCCCGAAUGGCGGCCACCCAGAGGACAAAGCACACACUGCACUGAUUGCCAAUUACCCAUUUGCAACAUUGUUGCAAACGGUAAUUGGAGGCACACUUAUUCCUGGGGUGAUCUGAUUGUUCGGUAGUUUCACUCCCAUAAUAACUGGAGUGAUUUUACCGAACAAUCAGACGAAUGCUGCAUAGAACUUAUAUACAUAUGGCAAAAUGUAACCGAAAGCAUACGAAUACACAUAAUUUUGAGGACAGCCCAAUGCCAUCCGCUACAAUCCCCACCUGGGAUACUUGGUGAGUUCCUCACUGGAGAUGUGAAUCAGGAUGCCAGGUAAUAAAAACAAGGAAUAUGGCACAAUACUAUGGUAUUGUUGCCAAUACACCUUUAUUAAACAAAUAAAACUAAUAAAAACAUCCAGUCCAUAACGCUCUUCUCCCAAAAAGGACUUUUUCAAGUGGUUAUACUAUAACAAUUUGAAAAAGACCCUUCACAUCUCCUGUGAGGAACUCACCAAGUAUCCCAGGUGGGGAUUAUACCAUCAACGCUUAUAUACUUAAGCGGGCUAUCUGCUCAGUAGAUUGUGAGUAUAUUUCUACCACUAUUACUCCUGGUUUAUCUUUUUAUACAGUGAGCACUAUUUUGGCUUUUUAUUCUCUUUCAUUUUAUAUACACCCAGCUACUACGACAAUUGUGAACACUGCCUUACAGCGAUAUCCUAGUAGUAGAGCAUCAAAACCACUAUAUGCACAUUGCUGAGAUCGUUUGAGCUGAGAUCGUUUGAGCUCUACCACAUGUCAGUAGAAACUUGGAUUUCUCUUGAGAUUUACGCACUUAUUUUGGACUUAUUGCACUAGUGGAGUUUUAUCUUCUUUCCUUACAUAUAUCCAUGGGAGCUGAUCAUCUCGGUUACUAUCAUGUCUGAAGAUAUACCUAUAUUUACCCAGGCAUUAAGAGACUUUUACUUCUAUCCUAAUCUUAGAGCAGCUAUUAUCUUAUUGAGGUAUCCGUAUUUUUAUUCAUUUUAUUAAGUGUUUCUUAUUUUGCUGUUUGAUAUCUAUUUCUCUAUUGGCGCACCCUAUAUUUUUUUGUCUAUUCGUACUAUUGUUUAAGGGAUUUGGAGAGAAUUUCCCUUUUUAGGUGUGCUGCCCUCUAUCAUUUCUUAUAUAGCGCUGCCCCACCUUCUCUCUUUUCCAGUCCUAUAUAAUCAUGUUUCUCUACAAUAUAUGUAAUAAUUGUAAUUGGAAGUACUCUAACUGUACCAACAUUAGAGAUCCAUGGCUCACAUAGCUCAACAAAACACAAAUUCUUCUUAUUUUAUGUUUUUCUCCACUGUUUUUAGACCAAAAAUGUUAUCACUGUAUCAGAUUGUUUAAAUAUAACCGUAAAUUGCAGCAAUGGACGGGGAAAAAACAGCAGCAUUGCAUCACUAGUAAAUCACAAUCUAUUCAACCACUGUAAGUACCAUUUAACCUUUUCUCCUAUCGUUCUGUUUAAUCUUUCUUCAUUUGUGUGCCAAUUCAUUUUGUCGAUUGUAUCUUACUUCCCAAAAUUGUUUGGCACCAAGGGAAGUGGUAAUGACAAAAGAGUAAUCUGUCUUGAAGGGGUUAAUGAUGCACACAUACUUGUACGUUUCUUUCUGGAAUUUUUUUAUGGUGUUCUCAUCAGGCAGGUAUACAGCAGAGAUUACAAAAAAAAAACUUUAAAAAAAAAGCAGGGUUCCAAAAUAGGGACUUUCUUGCAUGAUUCCAAAAUGUUUGAAAAACAUUCGUACAUUAACAUACUUUUAGAGCAAUUCAAGUUCUGAGUUUCUGGUUGAAUAAGUAAAAGUUGGUAAAGAUGUCAUUAUUUUUGUAAUGGCCUCCUCUAUAAUUUACAAGGCCCCCUUUUUACACACAUACACAACAUUAUAACUAGCCACAUACAAAUUUCUCAUUUAGCACACACUAAUAACAUACAUAGCAUCCAUCCAUAUACACAUGCUUACAAACAUACAUAAAUUAUGAGAGCAGAAUUAACCGUAAGGCCAUAGGCAGUUGCCUAGGGGCCAGAGGUAAGACAAAGGCCCCAGAACCAUGAAUAUACUUGGCCCCAUUUACCAUACCUAUGGGAAGAAUGAAGGGGGUACUUGGAAACAAGCCUAGGGCCUUGUGGGAUCUUAAGCCUUCUUUGAAAGUUCUACUUGUACUCACCCUAUAUCUCCUUAUGUUACACAGACAUGGAGAAAGAGGGGUUUCCUGCUGUCCCUGGAUUCUAGUGUUUAGGAAGGACAUUGAGCAUUAGACAGCUCAGUCUCUUCCCUUCCCCCCCAGAAUAGGGCAAGUCCAGUCUGUCUCAGAGUUACUAUGUUGCAGGUAGAUUGUUAGUAACUGCAGCUUCCACACAACCACCACUGCUGACUCUUCCUGACUUACAUAUAUUCCACAGUGAGAGAUGUUUUAUUGUGGCUCUCAUGCCUGCAGGCCCCUCAAAUAUUGAGGCAUAUGGCGGGUCACUGACGUCCUGUUUAAAUUGUCCAAAAUGAGUCCCUGUCCAUAAAACAACUACCAGAAAAAUUAUCAAAAUUACCUCUUUUAAAACAGCAACUUCAAAAUAUCAACAUGGUAUUCAUAAGAUUGUGGCUUCACUACAGUGGCUACAUGUGUUACAGUGUAGGGUAUCAUAUGCUAUAACUCCACAUGUAGAAACGAGCCAAAGAUAAGAUGUAAAACACAAGAAUAAUAAUGCUCCUAUAUAGUUAUUUCUCAAUUAAUUUUAGAUAAUGUGAGCCUUUAAAGAAAGAACCAUUCACAAAUUAGAAGGGUUCUACACCCAUAGGCAAUUCAGAACCAGAUUAUCAGACCAAUAUUCUUUGCAAGAGAAAUACAUUACGAUAUUAAGAUUUUUAUUUUUUUGUCUGCCAGAUAGUACAUUUUACCUCUUUAUACAUCAAACAACCCCAAAAACAGCUUGCUUUGUGAUAGGUAAUACCAGGGUUAUUCACAAAAAAUAUUGGUUAUAGGGCAAAGUCUUUAUAUGUUUAGGCAGUGUACCACACUUUCACAGAUUUAAUCAAAGGAAAGGCAAUUUCUCCAAGUGGCAUGUGCCCCCUUUUUUCCCUAUGCUGCAGACACCCAUGGGCGAUGCAUUGCAUCAGGAAGUCCAGAGUGGGAAGUGCAAGCCACUGAUAACAUACAGUGACCAGAAAGGAAGGUUGUAAGCCCACAACACAUGCAUGUCUGGACAACAAGAAAUUUUGCAACUCAUCUAACCAGGGCAUCUCGUGCUCAGAAUUCUGUUGAGGCACUCUUGCACUUGUAGACAUAGCCAGCUUUGGACAAACAAGUAUAAUUGCCACAGAAUUUUCCUUACACAUUAAAAUGUUUGCAAAAAGUAUUAACAGAUAUAUUAGUGCACUACCUUACAUUAAUGGUAAAAUGUGUCUCUAAAUUCCUAGUACGCCUUGAUCCACCAAGAUAUCUACAAUGCAAUGAAACAUAUGAUAGGCUAUGGAACCUCAGCUGGGAAUGUCCACAACCCCCUUAUAUCGCAGGAAAUAUGGAGUACCAAGUAUUCUACAAGCCCAGCACAGAUUCAUGGGAGGUAAGAAAUUAAUUGUAUUCCAACUGGAGUCAUUGGAGUAAUGACAUACAUUGUAAAUAUUCACAGUACAAUAUAUUCUAUUGUCUAGGUCACUGGUAUUGAAAAACAAAACAGUUUGGGUCUCGUUCUCAGCCAUACUAUAUAUAGAAUAUUCCAAUGAACUGUGCUGUCAGUAUUAAAGAGAUAAUAUAGUAACCAGAACCACUACAGCUUAAUGUAGUGGUACUGCUGUCUAUAGACUGUCCCAGCAGGAUGUUUAAUGUAAAUUCUGCCUUUGAUUCAAUACAUCUCUGUGAGGAGAUGCUGACUGUUGCAGUGUGGUGUUUUGCCCAAAAGCCUUCCAACUCCUGUGGGGAAGCAUUAUAUUGGUUGAGAUCAUUAUUGAUUAUCUCAUUCAUGGAGGUGGAGAUGCGGUAAACUCACCUUGUAAUUCUACAGAGAGUGGCGCUGGUCACUUAAAAAUGUAUUCCAGCACUGUAGUGUUAGGAAUACAUGUUUUUAUUCCUGAAGCUAUAGGGCUUCUUUAAGUACAUAUUAAGAAUGCAAGGAACACUUAUUUUUUAAUGCAUUAAAUCAUUGUAGUUAAAAAAGCAAUGUGUUUGUAUUCAUAUUUUUUUAAUUUUGUUUGAAAAAAACUAAAUACAGGCACAACAAAAAUGUUGCAUACAAUAUGAAUUGUCAAUCCAUGCAAAACAUAUAUUGUUUAAAAAGGGAAUUGAGAUACCACAUAUGAUAUAAAACAUAAUAAUAAGGCAUAGUAAAAAAAAGAAAAAGAAAAACAGUUAAACCAAACUUGCACAAGCCAUUUGAUAAAGCAGCAGCGGGUAAGUACAAUAAUCAAAAUAUCUGGCAGAGGUGAGUAGUGAGUAAUAAACUAGUACCAAAGGCAAGAAUGCUCAUUAGGCGUUCUUCCACAUCCUCUUCAAAUGGACUUGAAUGGAGGAAUCACUUCCAUGGAGACCAGAUGGAUAGCAAAUUUGAAUAAUGCCUCAUGACUUGACAUAUUUUUUCCAUAAUUCCACCUUAGGAAUCCAUUCCUUGAGGGUUUGAUUUACCCAUGUGGUGGAAUUAAACCUUUAACUGCAUUAAGCAGGUGAGGAAUUAUCCCAGAGUAGCACCAUCUGCCAUUUUAUCUGCUGCACUGGACACCUCCUUAGCUACAUUAUUCUAACAAUACACUAGAGCACACACUAACAUUUUGAUAGAUAGAUACUUUUAAUAUACAUAUAACGUACAUGUUAGUAGUUUAUUAAAGGCAAAUUGUAAAUGAAGAACCUUGGUUUAUAAAUGAAAAUGUGGGAGUUUGAGACUGUGUAUCAUGGAGUUUACUACAAAAGGCAGAUGGACAUAGGGUGAUCAAGAUAUUCUCUCUUCCCUUCUAGAUACAUUGCUCUUUUACCUUUUUUUAAACUGAUAUCACAUGCUAGUUAGAAUGUAAGUAAGUAAGCCUUGUACCCUCACCUAUUUGUUUGUUUACCAUAUUUAUUAUUUUUUACUAAUAUGAGGUUAGAAUAUAAAUACUAUUAAACUUAUAUUUUCUUUGCCAGGAAGCAAAAAUGAUACCUAUUAGACAAAAUGAACUGUCGGUAACGCUGAGGUCCCUGCAUCCUAACACUCUAUAUGAAGCUCGAGUGCGGGUAAACCAAACCAGAUAUCCUAAGGGCCAGUGGAGCAAAUACAGCGAACCUCAUCGGUGGAAAACCCAUCCCGAAGGUGCAUUCUUCAUUCAGCUAGUUCAGUGUAACUGUGUGAGAUGAAUAAAUCUGUCUAAAUGUAUAGGCAAAGUAAAUCGUUUUAAUUGGUAUAUGGCAAGUAAUAAAAUGAUGUGUUGAAGAUAGGUGAGGUAAAUACAGCAGUGCUUCAAAACAUUUGGUCACAUAACCACUUUUGAUAGAGACAACCCUAAGGUUUAAAAAGAUCUCAUGCAAAAAGUUUUUUUUAAGAUGGUACUCAGACUGCAAUUAGUACUUAAUUCCCUAUGAUGAAGUGGUCAACGUACUUCUUCCGCAUUCUCUCUUUUAUUUCAUAAAAACUGUUGUUUUUAAUGUUUAAAGGGUCAGUAGUGCCUAAAACUAUGUGUUUGUUAAAAAAAAAAAUCCCACUGAUUAACAUCACAUGCAAAAAAAAAAAAAAAGGAAUUACCUGUUCAGCUUUUAAAGUGUACCUUGCUGCAAUUUAGUUGUGUCACUAUAUACAGGGUAACAUUUCAUGUAUUCAUGUAAUAGUACUUGUCAGGUAGGAAACAAAUGUAUUAAUGAAGACAUAUUUCAUUAUAAGUAUGAUUAUAUAGUUAUAUAUUUAAAAAGAAAAAUACAUUGAGCUUUCUCACAUUUUCAGUAUGUCUCGGGGAGCUCAAUGGAAUACAGUUCUGUUACAAGGCUAACAUUUAACAAACACAGAAAACAUUAGCAGUUGUUACAGUGCUGGUUUUACUGGAGAAAGUUAUUUUCGUAGAACACAUGCUUGAGGAAUAUUUGAUGAUUUCUGCUAGGUUAUUCUGUAUGAGAAGGCUGCACAAUCCUCUUCCUUGUUGGGACUGGAAGUGGACAUUACUCUGUAGGAGUUUUGGAGAAUGGGUUUUGCUAGUGCAUGAGUUGACCAGACAAGUGGCUAUAAACCAGGCAAGAUAAGUAAAGGCUAGGUCUGGAUUCGGCUAUUAGCCAUUCCAGAUCUAGUUUUGCUAUACGUUUUGAUCUUCUCAGUCUUUGCUGCUAUGCUAUAAUAGCGAAAAAUAUCCAAAUAUGGAGGCUGUUGGUGCCAUGUGCAGCUUUUCUGUUCUUUAGCAGGGCCGGACUGGGAACUAAAAGCAGCCCUGGAAAAAAAUUCUAUACCAGCCCAAUAAUGCGUCGUGCCAGCAUAGUGUUCUGAUAAAGAGGGUGAAAAAAUAACUUGAAAUUGAAAACUCUUACUCCAACGAAAGAACGCAUAUAUGGCUUCAAAAUAAACAAAAGAGCACCUUUAUUUUAAGUAGACGUACAUUUGCAUGUAAUCAAUGUUUCAGUACAACUACUUUGGCCUAUUAAGGACAUGUUAGUAAUGGUACUGAAAUGCUGAAUGUCUGCAGUUGCACCACUAAAAAAAAUGAAGUAAUCUUGUUUAUUUUGAAGUUCUAUGGGUGCGCUCUUCACUUUGAAUAUGUUAUUGUGCAUGAGUAUACAACUAGCAACAAGACUGGGCCAAUACGUGCUCAUUACAUGCAUAUAUAUAUGUGUGUGUGUGUAUUACUGUCAGGAUCACAUCAAUUUACGUCUAUUACCUUUACCUCGUUUAGUGUAUCUUGUCUCAAAUUGUCUCCUUUUUUUUCUCUUACAGCGACCCUUGUGCAUCUUUUACUUCAUCCCAGUCCCUGUGUGUUUCUUUUUACCCUUCUCCAGCCUCUGCAUUUCUCUUUCCCCCAGCCCCUUUUGUGUUGUUCUUAGCCCCAGCCACUUUGUCUCUUUUUCCCCUUCCAAAUCUCAUCUGUGUCUCUUUCUAACUCCAGACUCUGUGUGCCUUUUUUUCGUCUCCCAGCCACUCUCUGUCUCUUUUUCCCCAGCCCAGCGUUGCCUCCCACAAAUCUUGUGUCACUUUGUUCCCCUUCCCUACUGUAUGUCUCUUUGUCCCCCCAACAAACCUGCUGCGUGUCUCUUUCUCUCAUCUCCUCCCUGUGUCUCUCUUCCCCCUCUCCUCCCUGUGUCUCUCUUCCCCAUCUCCUCCCUGUGUCUCUCUCUUACCCCUCUGUCUCUUUGUACCCCCAUCCCAUGUGUCUCUCUUUGUACCCCCAUCCCAUGUGCACGGCUGUCAGUAUCACACUCUGAUACGGCGGCACACUCUGACGGCACACUUUGAGGUGAUUACUCACCUUGCGGCCGGUGGCCCCAUCUCCUGUGCUGACAGUGGUACUGCUGUCAGUAUCAAUGAGUGUGCCGACGGAUUGCUUAGGCGGCCACCCUGGCACACUCACUGAUACUGACAGCAGUACCACUGUCAGCACAGGAGAUGGGGCCGCCGGCCGCAAGGUGAGUAAUCACCUCAGAGUGUGCCGUCAGACCAGCCACCCGGUGGCACCGAUAUGCAGCUGGCGGCCGCGAUAUUAUUACAUUUCCCAGUAUCCCGGUAGGCCAGUCCAGCCCUCAAUGCACACCUAACAUUCAGGAUUAGAGUCUGAGGGGUUUUUGUUUGGGGGGGGGAGGGGUUGUUUUGUUUUUUUAAGCACCUUAGAAAAACCCAGGUAAUCCCUAAAUCCUGGACUGUUUGGUGUGCCUUGAGGAGAGGGUUGAGUAGCACUGCUUUAGAGAACUCCACGUUGCAGGAGAAGGAAGGGUUUGUCUGGUAAAUGCAGUUUAUUUUUUUCCCCUUUACAUUUGCUGAUGAUUUCACCUUUAAACCUGGCUACAUCUGACAGAGAGGACUGUCCAAAAGUAACAGUGGUUAACUGGAUUUCCUCAGCUCCAAUAGGAGAAUCACUCUUCCAAGAAAGCUGCAAUUUAUUGGAGACAGGAGACUACUAAUAGUUCAUUUCCAUGCAUUUCUAGUGACCAUGUUAUAAAUUCCCGCUGUAUUCUGACAGGCAGUGAACACCACGCAGCCAUUUACAACAAAGCUUUAGUUUCAAAUAAAAUAUAUUUUCCUCUUGUUUCUCCCUGCAUCCCUCAUUACAUACUUUCUUCAAAAUACAGACAACUUGCAGCUAUAAAUACAUAAAGCAAGUCUUACAUAUGUGAAUAGAAUAUAUGCUAGUCAAUGUACAUAUGUUUAUAUGUAAGUAAACUGUGCUUUAUUUUCAGACAGUGGUGUUGUGGAAUGUGUUGGGUAUUACUGAUACAUACACUUACUUGAUACAUUGGGUUCUACUUACAGAUUCUGCAGAGUCUUCCUCCCAAAACAUUACAGAGAUAGUCGCACCAUGUACUGCUAUUGUGGUUUUAUGCAUCAUGAUACCACUAAUUGUGCGCUCGUCAGACAGGUGAGUUUUCGCAAACUAAUUUUCUAUUCGGCCCCUGAUUUUCUUUAUCUCUACCAUAAUCACUUUUCUGGUCCUUUUCAAGUAAAUCUCUCUGUGGGGUAGCAGUAUUGAAGGAGGCUUUGUGCAUGAAUGUUAACGAGGUCCAUCCCCCAUCCUUACUUAUCUGCAACUGGGGUGUUUUGCUCUAGAACAGAAGACCUUGGUGAUCUAGAGGGGAAGCAGAAUUUUGGUAAUAUUGUAAAUACCAUAAAGCAAGACUGCUAGAAUAACCUAAGCGGGAUCUUGUAUGGCUACAAAUACAAGGCUAUGUUUAUUUUUAAAUUACAACCCUGUACUUGAUGGGAAAUACUUCACAAUCCUUAUUAAAACUUGAUUAGCAAAGUGUCAGGGUUCUUACCUGAGAUGGGAGUCUAUAGCGCAGAUAUGUUUGCGCACCUUUGCAAAUAGACACAGUCCAAGGUGACCAGAUAAGAAGCCACCUGGCCUGUGAAUCUGUGCACAGGGGUUGUACAGGAAAGGUGAUUCCAAUGCAGUACUGACAAGGAUACAAACAGCAGGAUAGUCAAGGGAUAGCCGAAGUCAAAGGAUGCCAAAGGUCAGGAUAACAAAGUGUAGCCAAAAUCAAGGGAUGCCAAAGAUCAGAUCAGAGGUCAAUAUAGAGCUUAAGUUUAAGAGACUGGAACACAGGAACACACACAACAGGAUCAAAGACUUGAUAAUGUCCCCAGGGCGAGGCAGUGCUUAUAUACCCUGCUGAUGACUGAUCAAUCUCAUGUGAAGCACAGCCAUAGACGAAGUGCCGCCCCCAGUGCUGCAGACAAACUAGGACCACGUCUGGCCAUCUGGAUGUCAAGGUGAGAACUGUGACACAAAGAACCACCCUAUAAAAUGUCAGGUCCAGUCUCACAAUUGUAUAUAACAUGAAUAUAUUUUAUAGACUAGUCUGAAGUUACUGUCCACACAUUCACAAACUUACCUUCACCGCUAGGCACAGAGCCUCACAUUCCUUAAGGUAGUGUUGAUAUAUAUUCCUUAAUAAUUCUUUCUAAUCGAAAAUUCUAAAUUGCAAAAUCUUGGCUGAAUUUUACCAUUCUGAUUUCAAUACACUAUUUCAGUCUUUAAUUUGGUGAAUAAACCAUUGUAGGGUUUUUUUCUAAAGUGAGAAUUGUUAGAAAUUUAAAGUGAAGUCAAAGUGAAUUUUAAUUCAAGUCCAAAACAUUAUCCCUGUCAGCCAUGCAUCCAGGUCAGCUACUUUUGACCUUAAAUUUAAAAUUCUGCUUAAAUUCCUGGGAAUUCUAGCUUUAGUAUAUAACCUUGCAUGAGUUUCAUCAGAAUACAUCACAUUACUUUGGGUCACCAAAGAGACAUAACAUUAUGUUGUUUUACAUUGUACCUCCUUAAAUGCAACCAACAUUACACUGAAAAGAAAAUAUUUGUGAAAAGCACACAUAACUCCAGUUCCACAUAACUCCAGUUCUAUAUAUUUCCCGUUCUACAUAUCUCCAGUUUUACAUACCUCCAGUUCUACAUAACUCCAGUUCUACAUAACUCCAGUUCUACAUAUCUCCAGUUCUACGUAUCUCCUGUUCUAGAGGGCCUGAGUGGGCCCACUAAGAGCACUGGGUCUAAAUAUUGCCAUUUAUUUAUUCUAUUGCCAAAGCAAAGAUAUCAGGGCUAAUGGUAAUGAAUGACAAAUUGGACAAAAAAUGAGGGAGGAGGAGUACCUAUACAGAGAGCAGACCACCGACAUGGCUGCUGUGGGCUCUGGCUGUUUAGAGCAAUUACUGGAGCUUAAGAGAGAAAACCACAUUGCCUGCAUCUGGCAGAGGGGCAGAGCAGUACAGUGGAUGACCAUGGAAAUGCUGUCAAAGACUGGGGGCCACAAUAUGUGUCUAUGUUUAACUAUUUGUGUGCAUCUGUGCUUAUGUGUAAUAUGGUUUGCAUACCUGUAACAGUGUGUGUAUCUGUAGGUAUGUGUAACCAGGACCAUCUUUCCAAAUGGGCAUGCUGGGCACUUGCCCAGGGGACCCAAAGUAUAGGCACAUCACAGCGUUGCCCAUAUGCUUUGGCCGACAGGGGAAAUCCUUUGAUCUCCCCUGCCAGCCCACGUAGAACCGACCCUGCUCACUUGCUUUGGGCCCUCUCGGGCUGGUGGGGAGAUCAGUGAUCUCCCUCACCAUUCCAAAGGCCCUUCAUUAGUGAGAUCUAUGAUCUGGGAGGCAGUUCCUCCACCCGCACAGCAAUGCUCCGACACAGCAUUCUGCUCUGAGUAAAGACGCUGCUGCAACGCUCUGACCAGCAUGCUCAUGGGAGGAAGAACUGCCUCCCAGGUCCUAACUCUCACUAACGAAGGGCCUACUCAUCACUACUCACCACCACUGAACCACCAGGGCUGGCAGUGUCCAAAGGUAAGAAGAAGGGUGGGGGGUGCAGAGGGGGGACAUGAAGCUUUUUUUAAAAUGUAUUUUAAAUUAAAAUAAGAAAGGUCCAAUACGCCUCGCAUAUACACACAGCACGCCUCACACACACACACAGCACCUCUCACACAUAUUGUAACCUUCACAUACACUCAUUGUGAGUAAGUGGCUCUCUGUGUGUAUAUGAGGGAUGCAAUGUGUGUAUGUAAAGGGUGCAAUAUGUGUGUGAGAGGUGCUCUGUGUGUAUGUGAGGGGUGCUGUGAGUGUCUGUGAGGGUUGCUGUGUGUUUGAGAGGUGCUAUGUGUGUGUGAGAGGUGCUGUGUGUAUGUGAGGGGUGUGCUGUGCGUGUAUGUGAGUGGUGCUCCAUAAGUAUGCAAAGAGUGCACUAUGUGUGUUAAGGGUGCGCUGAGUGUAUAUGAGGGGUGCACACACAGCGCACCCCUAACACACAGAGCACACCCAUCACACACACAGCGCACCACUCAAUUUUACAGUUCUGUCACACAAAGAAAUGGGUGAUUUACUAAAGUAAGAGGAAUUAAAAGUGAAUUUUUAAAUUUAAAGCCAGGCUAGUCGAACUGAAAGCAUAGCUGAUAGAAUUUUCCCAGUUCUGCUAUUUUGACUUUAAAUUUGGAAUUCAUUUUGAAUUCUCACUUUAGCGAAUAAUCCUGUUACUUUCCCCUUUUUUCCUUUCUGUGUAUUCUGCUCUCUUUUUCUCUCUGUGUGAUAUGUUUUUAUAUUUUAAGGAGCUCAUGAUCUAAGGUUUUGUAAACUUUUGUUUUUUUUUAAACAUUUUAACUAUAGAGAUUUUUCCAAUAGACAGAAUCAAAUGUACUAUUUCCUCCUAAUCCUCAUAUGCACUUCAAUUCACAUAUUCCUGCUUCACACUGAUUCUAUAUCCAUUAUAAAAUAUUUUGCUCACUCCGUCACUUUGCCCAACAUCUUCAUCAACAUCUCUUCAUUCAACCAUUACUAUUCAACCAUUACUCUAGAAUAUGUGUUCUCUUUCUUUGCCAGGGUUAAGAAGAUAUUCUGGGUUGGUGUUCCAGAUCCAUCAAGAUUUUUUGACCCAUUAAUAUCUACUCACAAGGGAGACUUUAAGGUAAAACUUUAAAGAAGAAAUCUGAAACCCCCACCUAUACGGUAUACACAUCUCUGUCUCUCUCACUAUAUAUAUAUAUAUAUAUAUAUGUAUAUAUAUAUAUAUGCGGUAUUUAUUUAUUUCAGUACUUGUAAUAUGUAAUAAGCUGUUAUGUUUGGCAGUAAGUGAUGGAGUCUUCCUCGUUAUGUAAUUCUAGAAAUGGAUAUCCCCCUUUGGCAUCUCUGCCUUUUCUCCAGACCCUACUCCUCCUGACUUAUCCCCCGUGGAUAUCAACUGGAAUAAGGAAAAAUGCAUACCUAAAUUCGUUCCUCCCGGACUCCAUGAUAUUCCCACAGAUCGCAGUGGAAAUUCAUUUUCUAGCUUCUCCAACCAAGGAUACUUCUUUUUCCAGUUCCCCAACACAAAAGAAGCAAAUGACUCCUCUGCUUCCUUUUCGUAUGGUUGCUUGGACCAGAGAAGCAUUCCAUCAGUGCUUCAGAAUAUCAAUUUACCCUCACCAGGUGCAAGUGAGGAUACUCCCCUCUUCCAUGCUGACUACCUCAGCGACCCCAUGUCUGUUGGCCUUGGUAUUCAAAAUAGAACUUUUGAAGUAUCUACAAACGCAAUUCUGCCAUCAUGUACGGUAAACCAAGAAGAAUUAAAUAAAGAACAAGUUGGUAAAGCAAUGCCUGACCAGCUUUAUGAAGAUGUGGAAAUAACAAGUGAUAAGGAAGUUGAAGAGGAAUGUGACACUGCAAAACAACAGUCCAGUGUGGCCAGUGCACUUCCAACAAUGACUGAUUGUAUACACCUUUCAUUCAAUGAGGGUGAUAUGACAAGAGAUUACUUAUCCUUGAGUGCAGUCUACCAGACACAUUGUUGCCCAUGGGUGUGAUUGACUAGUAAAAAACAAAAAUGAUCAAAUGUGGUAUAAAUUUGCCAAUCACAGACUGCAUGUUAGUUUACUCCUGUACAUAUUCAGUGCUAGACUAAACACAUGGCAUGGAACAGCUGAAAGAGGAUGUAUGACUUCUUAGUACAUAUAAGGGCAUCUAGUUUUUUGGGGGGGGGAAGAAAUUUCUGAGUCACCUACAACUGUUAUAAUGUUUAACAACACACAUUUCUUCAAGAGCUGGUUUUGAAGGAGUCUGAACAUCAUUACAUCACAACAUAAUUCUGCUUGUACUUUCUAGUAACAAAAGUGUUAACUGUCCUUUUUAGGUUUUGUUUUUCACAGCCCGGACUCUGCCAUGUGGGAGACACCAUUAUAAACAUCCCUCCCUUGAGUGCAGCCCGUGGUGUUCAUGGGUAAUACGCUGUAAUUGAUAAUAUUGGCUGCAGCACGCAAGACUUUGACAAAACAGGUAGGCUAGGCAUGCUGUAUUUGAGUUUCAAUAAAUAUGGUUACAUAUUACAUACUCAGUGACUGCACACUAAUGCAAACAUACAUCAGUGCACACAAUUAUGCACCUGGAUGAGGCAGUGCAACAACUUGUUCACACUUUGCAGCCUGGACCAAAGGAUGUUGUUUGACAAACACAAAAAAAGAAUGUGCAAAAUACUGGCAAUAUUCAGGGGCACUGCUAAAUUCCAGACACAUCUAGGGCUUAAGCCCAAAAGAUAACCCGUUGACCCCUUCACAAACAGAGAUAUCAGUUACAUCCUCUCCUCUCUACUCAUGAACUCACUAGGAUCUCAGCAUAGCCAGGUAUUAAAAAUGAUCCAACCAUACUACCCAACUAAUAGAACGGUGUAGAGCAGUCACUUGUUGGGUACCACCCCACCUUAAGUGUAAUGGUGGAGCUCUAUUCUACUGAUUAAAUAAAAAAAAUAAAAAAACACUAAUAUCAUCUAGCCCCCAGCAUCAACUGUAGAGAUCCUGGACUAAAGAGAUCCACAUCUGGGUUGUCAGCCCUCAAAGAUCCCACCUGCGAUGCCUAUAGCAACAUAUAUAUCAACUUGGCCAGUCCAACACUAUCUCGAACUCACAGAAGUAAUUAUAUAAGCAUUGACAUAUGGCUCUUUUCCUUGGGCAUCUUCUCUCCAAGAACAAUUUACAUAACUGGAUAAACAUAUUGUGUGGGAUAGGCAUAAGGUUAUCCUAACUAUAAGAUAAGGCCAAGGACAAAUUAAAGUAUAUAGAAAAUUUGGCAGACUAGAUGGGCCGAAUGGUUCUUAUCUGCCGUCACAUUGUAUGUUUCUAUGUAACAUCAGGAUUUAAAACUCAAGCAGAGAAACAAACAACAAGAAAACUGUAAUUCUGUUACAUAUUGCAAAAAAUGUAUUGCAAGGAUGCACUAACAACCAAUAAUUAAAAAGAAAAACAUAUAACAGAUAUGCAGUGGUAAAAAUCUCAUCCUCCUCUGCACGAAAGCAUCAAAAUGCUACUUUCUUGUGCUCUUAAGAAACGGACAUGGUUCCCCAUGGAUGAAAGUACAUAGGACAGUAUAAAAUGUAAAAUUAUAACAGGAAGAAAAAGUUGUACGCAUUUCGUUCGCCUGAAGAAAGUUUUUCAUGGACUUAAAACCAGCGUCAGGAAACUUUUUUGGUACUACUUAGCAUCUUUGGAUGUUGUAUAUAACUGUUUAGAAUUUAGAUAUGUGCUGUAUCUGCUACAGCAACACCAUGUGUAAAUUCAACUACAAAUUCUGUCUACAUGUGUAUUUUGUAGACCUCAGUGCUGCUUAGUUCACCAGCAACUUUACUACGUUCCCUGUUCAGUAGGUUGCCAUUUCGGCAGAAUUUGGUUUUGUCUUAUGCUGUUUUUUCUAUAGAAUUGUUGCUUGUUGGUAUCAAGGUAUAUUUUAAUGCUGGACUUAAAUCCUGGGUUGUCAGAGUGACACGGUCAGACAUAAGGGAUAUGUUACUUUUGAAUAUUUUGAAAUUUAUUUCCAAAAAUAAGAAAUCUGUGAAAAUAUGUAUUUAUAUAUUCUGGUAAAAAAUAUAUCUACGGGAAAAUAUAUCCAGUUUAGCUACUUUAGACUACAUUUUUGCAGUUACCUGGUCAAUUCUAUACAAUUCACAGGUUAGUGAAUAAGUAUGAAUGUGAACUCGUUGUCAAAGGAAGUGUCAGCGGAAACUUUGCUCUGGUAUUAGAUGGCAGGCAGAAUAUAGAAAGAAUUGAAUGAUACGCCAUGCCUCGACACCACCCUAAACUCUCAUAGUCUGAAAAAAGUACAUAGAAAUUUGUAGCAGUGAUUAAUUCUAAGUAUCUUCAACCCUAAAUUCGGUGGUCAUAUGGAAGACCUGUAACACAUAUUCUGUGUACACUACUGUAUAUGACGUUAUACACACACAGAGACAGACACACACAGACAUGCAUAACUGUGUAUAGUUACAGCUACUAGGUAAAUAAAUAUAUUCUCAACAUAGGUGGGCUAUAUACUGUAAUCCCGCUGUCACAAAUAUAUAUUUGAAUCACUCACAGUUCUGAGUUCUAUUUGAUUAUAUGUGUAAAUGAACAAAUUGGCGAGAAAUCAGAAGUCAGUAUAAGGGAAAUAAUUCGGAGGAAGAAAGUCACAAUUUCAGUUCUGAAACCAGGUCCUGUAUCUGCCUCCCCACACAAAGUAAUAACUCUCCUUUGCAAGGUGUGAUAUCUAUGACCGCAAAGAGACCAGUGACUUAUCGACAAAGGGUGCUUUGACAGGACUUCCCCUGUCAGCAGAGACAGGAAAUGUAGAUGGAAAAUGGAGCGGGUUGUAGGGCAGAACAGCGAGAGAUAGAAUAAGACAAAAGGAUGGAAGAAACAAUGUGUAUGAGUCAUGUAGAGAAAAUUAAAAUUUUAGAGCUUAGAAAAAUGAGAAUUAUACCGAGUACAGAUAUUACCUGACCUUUAUCUUUAUGCUUUGAUUUGUACUUUUAAGUUGUAUAAUAUUAGGUAAAAUUGGUAAACUACAAAUAAAGAAUGUAAAAAGAAAAAAAA